AUGAUGGAACAUCUCAGCGAGGCGUGUUUGGGCAAGGAGAACUCUGAGCUGGUCAACAGCAUGGCAGAGGCCAAGGCCCCGCCGGCCAAGCUGCCCCGGCUGGAGCAGAACGGCAGCCCCCUGGGCCGGGCCAGGCUGGGCAGCACUGGGACCAAACUCGCCGGGGUCCCUUACAAGCCCACCGGGCACCUGCUGAAGACCUGCCACAAGAGAGGUAAGAGAAAGAGAGAGUGAGGAGGUGUGAGGAUGUACGAUUCAUUGAAGUGAAAUACACCAACAGUUUUCUAGAGUUUUAUGUUUAGUAUUUUAGAGCAAAAAUGACAAAUGAAGGUUUAUGUGUUUUUGUCAAGGGAACCUCUUUGUCUGAAUUCUCUUGUAGAAAAAGUAUUGAUCGCAAACUUUUCACGUAAAAAAACACAGACAUUUGCUUCCCUAAAUGUGAGGAUUUAUAUCUGCUUUUCUUUGUCUCAUGUGACAGAGAACUGAAUAUAUUUGGAUUUGAACUUUCAGUGGGACUAAACAGACAGUCGCUCAAGGCUAUGAGGAAUUAUUAUGGAGAUUUUUCACGAUUUUCUGACUUAUUUUUGGUUAUUUAUCAAUAAAUCUAGAAAAUUUAGAUUGCUGUGAUUAUUCCCAGCCUCAUGCUCUGUCGUCUAUUAGACUCAAGCUAAUAAAUACACCAAAUAUUAUCUUAAAAAAAAUCAUAAAGACAUUAUCUUUCAUCUGCAGACCCAGCCUUCAUUAGAAUAUAAAACAAAUAUAGUAAAACUAACUUUGCUGACACAUUCGGCACCAGUAACAAAAAAGAAUAAAUCAUGUAAAUAGAGGAAAGCUAUUUAAAUGCAGUUUAAAAAGCCCCCCCCACCCACACACUCAAACACACCACCUUCCACCCUCCACCACAGCCCCCUGCCUGCUCUUAAAAAACUCUUAAACCUUUUUACAAUGCAUCUUUAGUCAUCUCUGCACACACACAAUGCACGCACUCCCACUUAUUUGCAGAGACAAUAGCUAAUAGAGGAGCACAGUGAGAGUUAUUCUGCGAGGGGCUGUGUCACCGCUCCUCUCUCUCCAGCCGCAGCCCUCCUGCUCCGACGUUUGUUUAUUAGGAGAAACUUUCUGUCCUUUAAGAGCCAUUCCUGUUCAAAGGGAGCCUUUACUUUCAGAUUAUGACAUAGCUUUUUAAUAUAACUGGUGUCAUUGGGUGAAAAACACGGCAGGCAAAGCUAUCCAAAAUAUGUAUCUUUUUAUGAGUAUGUUUUUUUUUUAGUGGUUUUGAAAUGAAAACUGCAGGUCGGAGUUGUAUUUGUGCUUGCCAGCGAAGACUCGUCUGUUUGUUUGUUUGGCUGGUUCGGUCGUCUUUGGGCAUCAGGGACUCAGGAACUCUUGGAAUGUGGCUGUGUGAGUGUCCUCAGAUGGGCCGUUUCUCUUAUUUGCUCCUUUAAUCUACGUGUCGCGCUCCAGCUGAGAGAGCCUAAUUUUUCACCUUCAUCAUCUCCGCUUCUCUUGGCCUCCUACGACUUUUGUUCCUCCUCCCCUUUUCAUCUCCGCUCGGUUUCUGUCUCUGAGUUUCUUCCUGGGUAAAGGGUGAAGCAGCCGGCUGGAGGCGGGCGGUCCGCCGCGGAGGCUUCGCAGAGAGGGCCCACAGUGGGCAUUGUGUCCGAGCCCGAAACAAUAUUUACCGCAGCCCUCUCUGGGCGCCCUGGAAACAAAGCCAGUAUUGAUCCCCCAAAUGAACCUACACAGCAGUCUUUAUUGUUAGAUCUUUAUCUAUUAAAAUCAGGGCAGGAGAAAAGCAGCUCUUUCAGCACAUUCCCUGGCAUCUGUCGGCUUAUUGAUUGUUUUGCCAGAGCUUUGUGCAUCUUCUGGAAUGCCUGGGAUUUGAAAAAAUAUAAGAAUGGGAAUCGUGAUAAUCGGCAAAGACAAUAAAUGUAGAGAAAUUUGUUCAGGUGACGGACGAGUGGAGACACACUGAGAAAGAGGCAACAGGGCAGCUCGUAGACACUGUGAAGGCAGCUGUGAAGGCCUCCUCCUUCUACAACAGUUUUACUAUGUGUCGAUUUUCAGGUGUUUGAACCAGAUGUAGGCUUUAAAAGACCAAGUGGUCCCAAUGCUUUCAAACUUUUUUAGUCUAACAGCGUGCUGUUUGAUGAAGAAGGCUUUACUGGAUUAUAUUUGCACAGCGAGUCUCUUAGACGUUCACUGGUCUUUAGACAAGGAUUGCCCAUUCCAGCUAAAAAGCAGAGCCGCUGUUGACAAAGACUGUGAAACACCAGGGUGCAGAGGUGGUGAGAUUCGAAGCACUGCAUCAUGGGAAGAGGAGUUUUAGUGGAUAGGCAGCGAGGGAGCCUGUGUGAUCCCAGAAACCUCGAAUGGAAAAAGAAUUUUAAGGAUUUUACUCUUUGCUGUUUUUCACACAGAGCUGCAGACAUCCAUCCUUUAUUGCUAAAACAUUUGAUUUCCACUUCUUAAUAAUAUUUUAUCAUCUGAAGGAGCUCGAGAUGAAUUCAAGGCUAAGGGAGUAAUCAGAAAUGUUCUCAAAAUGGGAUCUAAAAUGAGCAAACCAGGAGGAAUAUCAGAAUUUACUGGAGAAAAUAAAAAAACUGUAAAUGGCACACAAGCUACAAAGAAAAAUAAAUCUGCUCUCUGAAAUCGUGCAGGUUCCUCUGCAGAUGAAGAGUGUUUGAACCGCCACAGUGAUGUAUGUGACAGCUUGGCAUUGAGUCAACGGACUGAAGGUUCAGUUCGAAAUGGCCCUAAUAAAGAUGAAAAAUGCCUUUGUGUGGUCAAAACUCCAAACUUAAUUCCUCUGCAGGACUUCCACUCAGUAGCAAUGUAAUCACUCACUCAUAAUCCCUUGACACUCAAUCUCAGUGUAACCUAAUCAUCAGCGCUAAAUAUUAAUCUCCUCCCUCUGCAAACACAGAAUACUUGAAGGUCAAAGUUUGAAUGUGAGGAAAUGUGAACCCUUCCUCUUCUCACUCGCGUCUCGCUGUGUCCUCAGGCAACAUGCUGCCUGUGUUCUGCGUGGUCGAGCACUACGAGAAUCCCAUGGAUUUUGACAGCAAGGAGGAGCAUGCAGAGUUCGUCCUGGUGCGCAAGGACAUGCUCUUCAACCAGCUCAUCGAGAUGGCCCUGCUGUCGCUGGGCUACUCCCACAGCUCGGCCGCCCAGGCCAAAGGUAAGCCGCUGAUGUCACCCAUUGACUCCCAUCAUCCUCUCUUCCUUCUCUGCCCUCUUGUUUUAUCUCUCUAAUGCUCAUUAAUGUCUGCUGUACAGCGUUUUCUGACAAGCUGCACACACUCAGACUCCCUAUAUGCACACACACACCCACUCACACACACUCUCUGUGACCAUAAUAGCCGACCGCCAGCAGAUCUGAAGCCACAGUAACACAUCCUGACACUGAUCCCAGACAGGAGAUGCUCAAGCCUCUCAGAGGUCACACACACACUCACACAUUCCCACACAGAGGCUAAAUGCACAGACUUACUCUCAAAAAUGUUUGUAUGCCAGCACACAUACUGUGCAGACGUGCAAGUAACACACACACACACACAAACACACACAUACACUCUCAUAAUGUAUAUAUUUAUACACACUUACCCUCAGUGAGUCAGUGGGUGGGAGGGGCAGGUGGAGGAAAGGGUCUACUAAUUGCACUUGAGCACACGCAGGCCGAGGGUGGCUGUUUCAAGGUGCCUCUUAGUGUGCUCUUUUAUUAUAGCCUGUCCAUCACAUACACACACUUACAUACACACACACACUUACACACACAUAUCCUAGUCCUCCUCUUCUAUAAGCUUACUUCCUGCUGUGUGGGCUGCAUCUUUUUUGAGGCAGUCUCAGGAGGAAUUUUUGCACGGUUGUUGGGAUUUUAGGAACAAAUGAAGUGUGUUGAGGGUGUUUAUGGCACCAAAAGGCUUUUUUUGUGCGGCUACAUGUGGCUUUAUUCAUGAUGUGCAUGUGUUAUUUCUGAGCAGGGGUGUAGGAAAAUAUGCAAACACUCAAGUAUUGUGCAAUCUUUUAAUGCACUUUAUCAACCCUUACAAACACUGUAUUGAUUUUUAAUUCAAUACCACUAAGACUUAAGUUGUGAAGUGCUAUAAUGUUUAGUGAUGUUUAAACAUGAAUAUUGAUCUGACUUUAAGGAUAAUAUACUUAAAUGAACCUUUUACUUCUUCAAGUUUGAUCACAUGGUCGCAUUAGUUCGUAUCCCACAGCUCCUCCAUGUUGACCUACGCUGUCUCUGUUUCCUCCUUCAGGUAUGAUUCAGGUGGGGAAGUGGAACCCCGUCCCGCUGUCGUAUGUGACAGAUGCACCAGACGCUACAGUGGCUGACAUGCUGCAGGACGUCUACCAUGUGGUCACGCUUAAGAUCCAGCUGCACAGGUAAGACGCAAACACACACACAGAGCUGCCAUAAAUACAUACUUGUGUGUAAGUGCUGGUAGAUUUUUUAAAAAUUUGACUUAUUACCUAAAAAGACAGAGGUAUAUCUAAGCAGCAACCUCGAUUCCUGACAAAUCAAGCUGUAGUGUUAAAAACUGCAGUUCCACGAGUGUCCACUUGAGGCUGGCUCCAAAAGCUCUGGAAGCCACACACACAUCCAUUUAAAACAACACAUUUUUAACAUAUCAAAAAAAAAACAUGUUUCCAGUUUGGAAUAAAAAUAGUUUCAUCAGUUUUGAGGAUAUCGAGGCUGCGAGUUUUGUAUUAUCAUGGACCUGACUGCUUAGACUAGAAAGUCAUAUGAGGUCAUCAUCUUUAAUAUUCAGCUUUAUAAACCAAUAGGUGAUGACACUGAGACUGUUUCAGUGUCUAAUACAGCCUUUGAGUAAAACCUCAAACACACACAAAUGUGUUUAUAAUAAAAAAACACUUCCAUACAUAAAGAGCUUGAGGUUCACCUAAUAGACUGCUUUCAACACUUACACACACAGCACGUAUUAUUUGCCCAGAGGCAGGUGCCAAUCUGCAGAUGCCCCCUGCAUGUUUGAUACCAAGAAUAGCAUUACUCACAAGUAAACACAUACACACACACACAUAACAAACUGACCUUUCAGAGGAAAUGGAAAAACCCAUCUGAAUUCAGAAAACUUUCUUAUCUAAUGAUGCAGAGGUGAUUGGUUUAUUUGUCAAUUUAAGACGGCCAAACCAGUAAUAACAGCCAUUUAGCUAGCACUGCAAUGACUGACAAUGUAGGUGUGCUCUAAGCAGCAGCAGCUCUGCAUUGAAUAGGUGGAGGAUUUUAGCUAAUCUGAGUAAAAUACUGAUAUUUUUUCAUAGUGAUAUUAGAGAUUGCACAAACGUAAUAUGAUGAUAAACAAACCGACUUAAAGUCUCCUCUGAAAAUAAAGAACAUGUUGGGCAACGGGAGACUGCUCUCAGCUAAAAAUGACUCUGCAGCAGAUGAAUGCGAGGUUGUUCACCUGAAAUAGUUCCAUAAAUAAACCUGGCUGCACCGGCUAUUUUAAGUGUAAUAUAUUUCCUCUGGAUCUACAUCACAUACAAUAAAAAAGACCCUCUCAUACGGAGGGCUGCUGGCUGUCUUGUGCCAUCACUCUCCAUAUUGUAUGCUAAAUGCUACUCUGUAGGUGUGAGGCUUUGGCGUAUUUAUACGUACGAGCAUUUAUAGACAUGGACGCCAACAGGCUCGUGUGUGCUCAUAGACACACACAUCCACACACACACACACACACACACACACAGAGUCGAGUGGAGCUGGUGUGGAGGCUUGUGACAGCUGCUGUUCCUACUCUUCCUCCCUCCUUCUGUGCCCCCCACCACCAUCACCACCGCCACCCACCUUCACCAGCCAGAAUACAGAAGGUUGUGUUUAUUUCCGGCAUGCUAGCCCCUGAAUGCACAGAUAGAUGUCUUUCUCCACUUCCCCCUUCCCGUCUCUCCCUCCUUCCCUCCUCUUGUUCACUUCCGUCUCCCCAGAGGCUUUCUAGCUGCUGGAGCAGUUUAAGGUGUUCUGGAAAAUCCAUUGUUUGCGUGUGAGUGUGUUUUCUUACAAGCAGAUGUUAGCCUCGACCGUUGCACGCAUCCUUUCUCUACUCCUCUCUCCUGUUAUCUCCUCGCUCGUAACAUUCGCAACACACAGACUGACGGAUUUAUGGGCACACACACAUUGUCUCUCAUGCUCUUGUACACCCAUCACCGCUCACUCAAUCUUUCAUUUCCCUCACUUGUCAAGUGUCAAGGCAGAUUUAAGGAAAAGUAAUUCAGCCGUUUGUAAAAAGCUAACAUGCCAAACAUAUGUUUUACACACAUGAAGUGUUCAUCCAGAGCCAACUGGGCGCUCUCACCGGUGCUCAGCUUUAGUUACUCCACACUCCCACCCACCAUGUAGAUAUAUUCCUCAUUUUUAGAACCCAGAAAUGUUUGUCAGGUAGAGCUGAAUCCCUGCGGCACACAGUUGUAGCACCAGCUAACGUCAAAGCCAAUUUAUUUGAUAUACUGUAUACAUCUGCUUGGUUUUGCUGCAUAUUGUUGUCAGAAUUGUUAUUGUUUUGUAUUUGUUUUUCCUCUGUUUUUUCCCUCCCCCAUCCCUCCAUGCACUCCCCCCUUCACCCGGACGACAGCAGAAAUCUAGCCAGUAACACCUUAAAUUGUUUCGCCGAGCACAACGAGCCAGGAAGGUAGAAGUAACACGAAAUAAUAGUCGCCACAUGCAGCUGAUGUAUAAUUCAUGCAUCAAUCCAGCAGAUGUGUUGUAUAAAGUAAUUAACUAAUCAGAACAAUCAGGAGAGAGAGAGGGAGAGAGAGAUAGAGAGAGAGAGAGGGAGAAUAUGAAAGAGGGAGAGAGAGAGAGAGAGAGGGAGGGAGGCAGAGAGAGAGAGAGAGACAGAGCAAUCUCCAGAUGCAUCUGCUUGAUGCGCCAAAUGAAAUCUGUCUGUCUUGGAGGGGCGCUUGCAGCAGGGAAAAAAGAACGCGAGCCCGUGUGUGUUCAGCUCUCUUUCUCUCUGGUUCCCUCGCUCUGUCUCCACCACUCUGUCUAUCUGAUUGUUCCAGUGAUUCGGCCAAUUCAUCAAUACAUAUUUUAAACAGGCUUGGACUAAUGCUACAAUCUGUGAUGUGGGCGAAGUAAUUUGUUCCCAAUUUUCAAGAGAACGCCUGAGUAGUGCUAAAACAAUAAGUGAUUGACAAGAUACAUUUCAAAAAAACGUGACCAUCUAUUAGGACUCUGCUGCUUUUUGGUUAUUUCUUAAUUCGUCUUUUAUUUAAUAUCUGUUUGGUCAGAAUAAAGAAGCAGUCACAUGAUGUCAUUUUAGUCUUGUAAGUAUUUAUCUUUUCCUGUUGUCUGACAGAGAUUUAGUUUAUAACCUUACAGAUGAUUUGCUCUUGAUGCUCUUUCAUGAGGCAGCCUGACAUGAGAUUUUUGGGAUGGAUGGCUGUGCUGAAUUUAGGGACAAAAAGUACUGAAUUAGAGAUUAAAAUAAGUUUGGAUCACUGACUACACAGCUGCAAUGCUCUGUUACGUGUGCCGCACACAGCAAAAGGGAUUGUUGUAAUUGGGCUGUCAGUGUCAACGUGUAAUUCUCCGUGCGAUUAAGGCCCUAUAUAAAAUGGUAAUUUCUUUUAAUCACAUGCAUUUUGGUCUGUUUUGGCACACGCCAGGAGAGCUGGGUACCGUUUCAGUUUUAUAGAUUCCAAUUUUGGUUCCCGUUUUUGGCGACGGUUUGGCUGAUCGAUCCCAUGUUCUUAACGGUUCCUGAUUCUGAUUUCAUUGUUUUUAGAGAUUGAGGAGAUAAUGAAUAUUAAAAGAAAAAUUAGCCUGCUGUUAUCGUGGAAACAUCUAGGCUCUCAAAAGGGAAACAUCAACUGUGACAGGGAUUUUUUUUUUUCUUUUUUCCUUCAUUUAUACAAAGAAACAUCACUUGUUCUUAAAAGGAUAGUUCAGCACCAACAAUUCAAACAAAUUAUAGAAAAAUGUUGAAUUUCUACAUUUCAUACAUACUGGAUUUUGCUCGCCUCGAUGCAUGACUCAGCAGUAGGAAGAGGCGUAACCCCAGCACAGUGUCACUCCUCCACUUUCCCCUUGAACUCGGUUUUUGCACUACAUGGUCUCCUCGUGAUAACCACAGGGGUAGAAAGAGACCUUCUAAAUUUGAUUGAUUGAUUUAUGUCUGGGUGCGAGAAGACGGUAGCUGCUGCCGCCAGCUGUGGCUCAGUGUUCGACUGCAGAUCAUCAAAUUCAGACCAUGUUGAAGGAAACGCUCGGCCAUUUUGGGCGAGCUUCCUUUGCAGUACGUGUUUCACUUCAUCUUAAUCCAUUUUAGUCUUUUUCAUGGAGCUCAGUCAAACUUUUGAUCGAUUUGUGUGGUCCGCAAUGAUCCUCUGCUCACAACUUUGUUGACGUACCGCAACACAGAUGAUGUAAUAUUUCGUCAGGACAGCAGGUCCUGGCAGAUAAUUUCAAAAUUCUCACUGAGGUUUAAUCCUGAAAGAUUUAGGAACCCAAACCAAAUCUCAUGACCUUUGUCAACACAUCUAGCUGCCACGUAUGAGCUAAGCAUGCAGGUGCAGCUGAUCAGACUAACAUGAGCAUCACAAAAAGUGUCUCACAGAUCUGUAAAUGUAGAAGUUAAAUCGGAGAAGUAAACCACAGAGCCUACAUGCAGUCCAACAUGAGAUUUAUCUAAAUGAAAAUGUCUAAACUCCGUCUUCGACCUGUUUAUCACCAUUUUCCAUUAAUUUAGUCCCAGAUUGAUUCAGAUGAAAGGUGUUGGGUAAAGAAGUGUCACAGUCAGGGUGCUGCAGGAGAACUUUCCCAUCUGUGGGUGAAAAUGUAUUACCAGAUCUACAGAUUGGUGUUAUUACUCCUUUGCUCCAUAUAUCUAGGAACUGUCUGACCCUAACACCAAGAUGAAAUAAUGUUGAUAUUGUGCUGCUGAAUUUGUAGCUUGUGUGUUUUAUCAUUUCACUGAAGAUACCAUCAGGGCUGCCGGCUUCCCUUUCUACCUCUGCCUCCUCUCCAUCUGAAUUGUUUCUCAUGCUCUCCUCCUCUCUCCCUCUACAUCCCUAUCUCUCCCCUCCUUCCCCUCCCUAUCUUAUCUUUCCUUUUUGUCCCCCUCCACCCCCCACUCCUCUUGUAUGUCUCCUCUCUUUUUCUCUCUCCACAGUUGUCCUAAGCUGGAGGACCUGCCGCCCGAGCAAUGGAGCCACUCUACAGUAAGAAACGCCCUCAAGGAGUUACUCAAAGACAUGAAUCAGAGCUCUCUGGCUAAAGAAUGUCCCUUAUCACAGGUGCUGAAGCCCAGUCUCCUUAUUCCAAAAAAAUAAAAUUCAAAAUGAAAACGAUUAGCGCCUAAUCCCUCCUCCUCUUGCUACCAAACAAAUACCCCUAUCUCCAUCACCUCUGUCGUUUAUCCUUUACUUAUCAAAUGCCCUGAGUUUGAUCAAGUGGGAAAGAAAAUCCAAAUCUAUAGCUAUUGUCGUGUGUUUGCUGCAUGUUUUUUUUUCUUUCACAGCCCCAAAUGCACACACACCUACACACACACACCUACACACACACACACACUGUGGGCAGUAGCAGCCAAAAAGCAGAGGUGUUGUUGAACGUAUGGUUAUUGUUAGAUAAACAUUGGCUGAAACCCAGAACGAUCGGGAUUGUUUUUGUUCCUUUUCCUCUCAUUUAGUUAAUUCUCAACAUUUCAGAGCAUCAGGACCGAAGAGCCAAACACGUUAGGUGUUACAUUCUGUUUUUUUUUUUUCCUUUGUCGGCUGGGAGGUUUGGAAAGAAAGCGCCAGUGCAGAUAUUGUAUUAACAGGCAGUGUAGUCAGUAUAUCAUGGAGGCAGCUCUGGAGUGAAUGGAAUGAAACGGCAGUAUAUCUCUCACAGGGGCCAAUAAUGUGUGAGUGUGAGGAAAUAUGUAUGUGUGUAUUCGCAUGAGUACAUUUCUGAAAUGUAUAUCAGCGUGCGGCGUGAAUAUAUGUGAAAGCGUUAUUUGUGUUUUUUUCGUGCGAUGUGUGUUUGAAACCAAAAGUGUGCGUAGGUGCCUUCGGUGUGAAGCCAGCACUCCUCCUAGGCCACCGUAUGGUCACCUGGAGACCCUCAUUUGCGCUCUGCUGUGUGCAUGUGCGUUUGUGUGUGUGAGCCGCUCCUCUCAGUGUGUGUGUUUGUGUGUUUAGCCGGGCAUGAGCAGUGCGCUGAUGAUGUAAAGAGUCCCUGGGUGGCGUUCAGGCGGAGCCCAGCCCGGUCUGGUAAUCACCCUGUUUACGGUCCAUAUGUGAAGACGGCUCAGAGGAGAGCACACACGAGCUCAGAGGAUCUAACACACACACACACAUGCAGACACACACUCUUUCUCAGACACAGAUUUGCUAUUUUCACAUACACACACGAGUCUCAAAUUAAACUGGAGAUUGUUUUAGCUUUCCAGUGAGAAUGAAAGAAGGUUCUGAAAAUAUCUUUAACUGAAGCUGCUGCUUUCUCUCUCGCAUGUAUUCAAUAAUUCAGAAUCAGUCAGAAGUCCCAAUCUUGAAUCAAUCAAUCAUGCAGAAAAGCUGAUAGACUCUCGGUUACUUCAGCCACUGCUAAUGUCAUUUUUUCUCAGUAUUCAGUGUGUCAGAAGUCUGUUUCUCUUCUCACUGUUUACCACAAGUUUAAACAUCAUAAAAAGAUUUAAAGACAGUAUGUAGAGUUCAGUUCAGUGUUCAGACCACAUGACUUUGAGCCAAAUUUUAGUGUUAAUUUAUAAAAAGUUAAUUUGAAUCGUUACUAACUGAUUUCAUAACUACAUAAUUGUGUUUUUAAUUGUCAUUACCAUCUUUUAAUGCAGUUUUUUUAAAGUAUUGGAAUUCAAUUUAAACAUAAACUGGCUGCUUUGAUUUGUUUCUACCGAAUAACGUGUCCAACAAAGAUGUUGUGUUUUAAUAUCUUAAUUCUUAUUAUUUAAUGCCUGAAAUGGCAGUCAUAUGUGCUGUCUAAUUUACCUUAAUCACCCACUACUUUGCUCGGACUGUGGCUGCUGUUAUUCAUGAAUACCACUGUGCUGUAUCGCUGCACUACCUGGAUGUAAACAAGCACAGAGAAGCGAAGGUGUCUCAUAGUGUGGUAAGGUUUAGCAGCAUUUUAUGGAGAUUGUUGUGGUUAAUUCAACACAGCCUAUAAUGUGUAACAAGCACAGUCAUGUGGAGUUUAAAGUGAAGUUUGAUGGUGCUAGCUCUGCUAAUGUUAGCCAUAAGCAGCGUAUCGUUUUGACAUGUUUCCCCCUCAGAAUCUGUGAUCCCAUGACGAGCCGUGUAGAAUGAAUGACUUUAGUCUGGGUUCUCGUGUUACUGUUUGACUGGUUGGUUAGUCAGAAUUCAAAUUUGUCUUUAAAUGACUGUAAAGUUGGUGGCUUUUGUACAUCCCCGCCUCAGGCACAGCUUGUACUACGAUGUGUCUCGCAGGUUUCAUUUUCAUAAUCCGUGUCACUGAAUCACUGGCUGGACAGCGUGCUUAUUUCUUAUUUCUUAAGAGACGAUCUUUGCUGAACAUUUUGACUCGGUGUCUUCAGUGCUCCCCUCUGGUUGUCAUCGGCCAGUCUGAGCCAGAACUCUGCGGUGUUUCUGGGAGAACCUUGGUCGUCUCACUGCUGUCAGUUGCAUCCUUGCCGAGCAGUCAGAGUCGGGUUUUUGGCAUCCUUACUUUAGAAGAAAGCCUGAAUUCCUUCCACCCUCAUCUUCCUCUCAAAAGUCAUGAACCAAACCGCCUCUUGAAUAAUCUAAGGAGCUGACAGUCCAUCUUUAUUAAACUGACCCUUGCUUUCCUUCGUGUAUCUUGUCUUCUUCAAACAUGGCUGCCAUGGCGGUGUUUGACAUCUGUUACUCUGCGGGGUUUAAUGUGGCCUGCUACACCCGUCGAGCGACAGUUUGUUCCUCAAAGACCCAAGUGGUGUAGCAGGCUGGUUGUGACGUUGGAGAGCUGUUCCCACGUUGCCUCGAUACACGGACUCCCCGCCUUGUGACGGGUGAUGUCACCGCCUGUGUGUAGUGUGACGAGAAGGUGAAAAGCCAGAGAAGCAUGUCGCCAAACCCUCUUAGCUUUCUUAGUUGACCAAAAAAAGUAGAGGGAGUAGGAGGGGAAGGGGCGUUGUAGAAGUCAGAAGAAGAUUGGCACCUUUUCAGGAUUAGUGUUUUCUCGAAUUUCUGCUGCGUAAUCCCAGACCGCAAAGAGAGGUUAACAGAUGAGAGAACCAGAGCGAGAGAGUGAAAGAGAAUUAGCUCACCUCUGAACAGAGCUCUGAAGAGAGACGGGGAGGAGGGGUCAGUGGAGCAGGGAAGGGGAGGGCGGCGGGGGGUUAUUUUGUGAGACGCAGCUUUUGUGCGGGACCUUGUCAAACAUUUAGUUUCAUUCUUUUGUAGCGGGGAGUCAUGCUUUGUGUGUUUGGCCUACAAAUGGCACGAGGAAACUCAGAGAGGGAAAAUGAAUUCACUCAUGCCCAUUGUCACUCUGCCGGGGGAGCAGACUCAGAGCCGCGCUCAUGUGAAGCUAGCUUAAACAUUCACAGCUUGGAGACGCAACCGGCAAAAAUCAGCUGCCCCUGAUUCUGCCUCCACCAGGACCUCAGGUUUAUCUUUUUUUCUGAGGUUGCUACCAAGCUCAUCAACCCCCUUGCCUAUAUUCCUAGAAACUAUGGCAACAAACGAGGGCCCCCAUCACCCCAGUCGUCCUCAUCACCACCACCUCUUCUUGCCCACCCCCCGCUCACUCUCGCUGGGCGGCCCCUGAUGCACCAGCUGCUGUGUUGCGUAGCAGCAAAUAGUCAUCAAAAUGCCAUCUUUGCAGGUCUUCACCACCUCUGCUGCCAUAGGCCCAACGUGGCUGCCAGUUUGUGUGUGUGUGUGUCUGCACGUGUGUUUGAUAUGCACUUGUGUGUGUGUGUUGAAGAGGAGGGGGAGGGGGUCACCCGGUUGAGGUGGGCAUGUGCCAUAAUUGAGCUGUGUUAGAUGUUGGCGAGAGACAAGGCACAGUGUUGCAAAUGGGAUGCGCCUUUUCCCCAGCUGAUUCAAGACAUCAGGCUAAGUUGGAUUGUGUGUGUAUGUGUGUGUGUGCAUAUUUAAUUGUGCAUGUGUGUGUUUGUGUACCUGCACCAUGUGUGUUUGUCUGCAGGGGUUGUAGUUUUUGUGUGUUUUCAUUUGCAAGUGUGUGCACCACUCUCUAAUGCUGGCAGCUGGGUGCCUACACUACCUGCUUGCUGCACCGUUAUUCUCCUAAACACACACACACACACACACACACUGACAAACACAAACUCACACACUCACUCCCUCCUCUCUCUCUCGCUCUCUCUCUCUUUCCCCUUUCUCUUCCUGUCUGCCGUGAUGGGGAGUGGAGUAGAUGUUGGGGACCGAUAGCAGCCCAGUGCCACUUCCUGGUCUUGCUGAUAAGCUCUCUGUGCUGCAGAUGGCUAUCACUUAAAGGGUCCACACACACAUGUUUCUGCACUCACACACACACACACUUAAACACACACACGCAGCCAUGCUACCUGUUGACAAGCCCUAGCACAGCCCUCCUGCUGGCACCGCAGUGGCAGCAGAGGCUCUGGUUAUCUGCUUGAUUUCACUUAGUGCGUCCGCGUGUGUGUGCGACGGAGCAGUGGGAGAGAGUGAGGCGAGGAAAAGGUGUAUGUGUGUGUGUGUUGUUUUCUUCACACGUACACGUGGGGCCCCCUGUGAGAGGUAGAGUGAUGUAUUGAGGGAGAGGGCUGAUUAAUGAGGAGCGUUUAUUAGAACAUCUGUGUCAAAGAUGGCGGAGAAAGAGGGAGCGAGAGAUAGAGAGAAGGAGAGAGAGAGAGAAUAUGCACUGUCUUCUGCAGGCCUCUUGUUUGUUGCCUGGAGCCGCCUUAGCCCAGAUAUACUGUAAAUAAAAGAUGGCAGGCUGGAGGAGAGGAGUUCAUUAUCCCACAGACUUCCAGGAGAGUCCCUCUCACUUCAUAUUCCUGGUUUUCAGAUGGACCUUCUUCUUCGGUUUGGGUGUUGGCUCUGAAAACCAGGUUAGACUUGAAUUUGAGGUUUACUGCCUAAGAAGUUUUCACCCCAACUAUUCACUUCUUCCCUUUCUCAAUAAGUCCAGAUCAAAUCUUUUCAUUUGGAUUCAGCCCAUUUUUUGAAAACCUGCUGGGGUAAACAGGACAUUAUCAUUUUCAGACCGUCCAGGAUGGUAUUGCAGCGACUCUUUCUUAAAGGCGAUGCCACAUAAAUCUGAAAGAAUGAGCUGCUUCAUACAUAAAUGUAUGACCCAUUAGAAAGGAAAUUCUGACUUCCUAACCCUAACCUGAACUCUAUUAGGCUUUUCAUUAAAUGAAGGCUUUUCAGCAUAUCUAUAAAAGCCUGCUUUGUUUGACUCUGCAAGUCCCAAGCAGACGUCUUCACCCCCCCUCCGUUAUUUUUCAUCAUGACAAGAUGCACUACAGUGCGGUCGUAGCCUUCUGCAGCCUUCAACGUGACUCUAGACUCACUUGCUGACAUUUGUCUUUAGUUUUUUUUUUUCUAUGCAACUGUACCAAGACUUGGCUUCGAGCUCAGUCGGUGUCUUUGAGAGCUUUAGCUUUUAUCAGCUUCAAAGUUUUCUCCUGUAACUUUGAGCUCUUGGAGACUUGUGUCCAUUUUACUCCUCGGUGUCCUGCCUUGAACUUGAGUCGAUGGUGUGUUCCGGCUGAAUACAUGUUUUAGAGAGUGGCACACCACUUUGAUAGCUUGUAGACAGUUCAGGUUUUGACAUAUCAUCCAGGGAUUAACAUGAAUUGUUCUUACAGCCCUCCUCCUGAGUUCUUGUUACCUUGUCCAGCCUUCGAACUCGAGCACUCGUGUUUAAAUACGUCUGCUUAAUUAAAAAACUUAUAGACAGAAACUCUGAGUAAAAGCCAAGAGUUGUAUUUGAUACUGCAACUGCAUUUUCUUAGAUUUCCUGUAGAUUACAUGUUCUUGGAAAAACAGAUUUUGCAGUGUUUUCAAACUGUGAUAUUGACAAACUAGGAGUAAUUAAACCAUAUAAAUGGGGCGAGCUUUAAUCUCAGUUUUCACAUAUAAAGUUAAUGUUUUUCUCUUUUGUUAUUUGUGACUUAAAGUCUAUUUUCCUCGAACAAAACCAAACCUUUCUCAUAAAUUUAUUUACCACACUUGAUCGGUCUUUUAAGAAAGAAGGAUGUGUUCGAAUCUGGGAUGUCGAUGAGAAGUGUGGUUUAAAAGCUAAACUAAAUAAGUGCAUAUUAGGCGAAACAACUCAGCUUCUUUCGUUUAUCUGCCAUUUUCUGUAUUGCACAAUUUCUUCAGAAUCAAAGUUACAUCCAAACAGCAGUUUGUUAUCGCCAAAUUAUCACCAGUUAAUCUGAGGUUAGCUGACAGUUGCCUGAAGUUUCACGUGUCUUCAUCAAAGUGGUGGAAACGCUCGGCCGUCAUACCCAGGCCGUCAUCUAACAGAUCAAAAACGCUGAGUCAGAAAUCAAUGAUUUUACAGAUUAAACCGUUUCUCAUUUGGCUAAAGAAAGAUUUUUCUGAUGUUUUUGUGGCAAAUACUUACAUUGUGAUAUUGAUAAAUGUAUAAUCUAUCAGAUAGCUCAAGUUUUUUGCUUUUGAACACCAAUGACACAUCUCAAGCAGUUAAAGCAACAACCAGUCCCUGCAGCCGCUUUCCCCGACACUGUUGCUCUCAUUUGGUCACCUAAAUUGAACACAUCCAGUACUCCUCGCUGCGCCCUUAAUAAGCCUCCUCCAGCCCCUCAGCCAGACACUAACCCUGACACAGUGAGAUUAAACCUGUACAAGAAAGACGAACUGAGCUGAGAGGAAAGAACAGACAACAUGAACCAUUUCAGCAUCAACAUCUAGAAUGAUAAAUACUCAGUCUCUCUGGUUAUAGCUUCAGUGUAGCAGCUCUCUUUAAGUUGGGUUAAGUUGCCUCCUCUGUAGUCUUUUCUAAUGCAUUCACAUUUGGGCCUUAAAACAGCCAAGAGGAGGACUUUACUGCUCAGAAAUAUCAGCAUUUAGUUGUUUUUCUGCUAUCCUCCUUUUGCACAGAAAAGCUGCAGCCAAAGAGCCAGAAUGAUCCUGAACCAGUUCAUUGUGCUCACCCCAGCAUUCUGCUGUGCCAGAAGGUUCCCCCACCAUCCUCCAAGCGCAUAUAUUAUAAAAAAUGAUAAAGAUGGCAUACCUGUAAUUUGAAAACAGAUGGUUUGGUUCUUUUGAAUAUUUAUAACAAUCAAAAACAAUUUCUCCUGCACCAGCCUCCCUAUUCGCCCCGAGGCCGGCAAGGUGUUAAAACAUUCAUUUUAAUGAAACUAGAAGGAGAAAAAUAUCGCCUUUUUGUUUUUCUGCGGCGAAGGAGGAGGGAGGUUGAAGUGAAUGCAGAGAGGGUAGAGAGCUGACUGUAAAAGGGGAGACAGAGAACAACAUGCUCAGUGCGGCCCUCGAUCUGCUUGAAGUUGUUGUCUUUAACAGAUUGUAUAAAUAAAGAGAUGGAGAAGAAAAGAGGUUUAUCUGUUUACAUCGCACUACUCCCCAGAUGCUGAUAUUCAAUAAGGCGCUAUCUUCUUUCCUUUUGAAGGUAAAUAUCCUCCCUGCCGCCUGCUUUUAUGUCAACAGACUUAGCACCGAGUUGACUUUGUAAUUUACCCACUCUGAAAUAAAAAAAAAGAGGUUCAGACAAACUCAGAGGCAUUUGAUAAAAAAGAACAGACAAAGCCUUGUUUGAUUUAAUUUGUUCACCUUUUAGAAGAGAAGAUCCAAAAAUAUCUGCAUGUCUGAUACUUUUCACUUGCCAUUUUUAGUGCUGGGUUUUACCGUGUCCCUAUCUUUUAUUUGUUUUGACAAGCUACAGUGUUACUGCAUGUUUCACAAGCUUUAAUAUUAUGUCUGUAUAUUUUCCACAAUGAGAAGCUAAAGUCUCUCUCUCGUCCUCUCUCCCUCUCAAUCAAUCUCUCUCUUUCAGAGUAUGAUUUCCUCCAUUGUGAACAGCACUUACUAUGCAAAUGUGUCGGCGGCGAAGUGUCAGGAAUUUGGGCGCUGGUAUAAACAUUUCAAGAAGACAAAAGAUAUGAUGGGUAAGCAAAACGGAGGGGCGCAAAGUAUGGCGCUCACACUUUUGUCUCUCUCCACACACACAUUCACGCACAUGCACACACCAGUCGCCAUCACAAUAUGUUCCCUAACCAACCAUCUCUUUGUCUUCCUGCCAUUGCAUGAAGCAGAAAUACAUUUUUAUCUUGUUAUCUAAUAACUCAAGAUUACUCCACUCUGUUCCGCAGAACACAGUGUUAUCUUUGAUUUAUCUAUUAUUGCGUAAACUACAGCUAAUGCCGGAGCCAAAUAGAGGGUUCUGAUUGUUUUUAUUUUUGUUUGUGAGCUUUAGUACCCCGCGAACAAAAGGCAACGAUGACUUCAGCCAGCCACCGCCUAGUCUGAAAUUCAAUUAGAUUUUCUUAUCAACUCUCUAACAACGCAUGCUUUAUAUUAUCUGUAAAAAAUCCCCUUUUGACCCACCAGGAAAUGAGGUUAUAUGAUACUAGUAGCACCCUAGCUGGAGAGAGAAUUCCAGUAUAUUUUUAUGUCUUUUGAUUAAGUGGAGCUGCACUCUGUUGCAGGGCUCAUAAGGCAGUGUAAUGUUGAGAUAUUAGCUUUAACAAUCUGUUGAACAAUCUUUUUUCUUUGCCAGUGUGCCACUGCUCGCCGCGAUGACAGAUGAGAUAUUAUAUCAAAAUGUUUUCACUGCCUCCAUGCAAAUAGCGUGUUGUGAUCAUAUCUUAUCUGAUGUUUUUUUCUCCUUCUUCUGUUUAAGAGUAAAAGUGUCUGCUAACAUACGCUGGGAACAUUACUUACUCCAGACCUGCUGUACUUGUGUAUUAUCCUGCAUACUCCUACACAUUCUCUGUCAUAAUUGUUUUCGAUCUGGUCUUUUUUUUUUUUUUCCUCCUCUGAAAUGGGGCUGCUGCAGCUGCCAGUGCGGCCUCAGUGAUGCUGGUGCUUUAAAUGUCAUAUUUCUGCUUAGCUGCAGAGGGAGAGGAGGAAUGUAAAAGGCUUUAACCCUGUGUUUCUUUCUUCACAACUCCACACUGUGUGCUGUAUGUGUGUGCGUGUGUUUGUGUGUGUGUGCGUGUGUUUGUGUGUGCAUGUGCGUGCCCUACCAUCCGACUGUGCAGGCAUGCGCCAACCCUCCCAGCUGGAGGGCUACCUGGGGACAUGUGUCCUCCGUGAGAGUCCGCGUGCCAAUGCACUAGGUAUGUUGCAACAUGGGCACACACACAAACACACACAUAUGCACACACACAAACACACCUUUGAUUUGUUUUCACUUUGAGGGGUUUGACAUCGAUAAACAAACUGUUUUAAGACUAACCAUCACCUCAAACAGAGCACUGUGUCGUUUUAAAGAGGUGCAUCAGGUCCGUCCUUUCAAAAUAAAAGCAUACGUACCAUUUGAUGAGAAAAUGACGCCAUACCCAACUAUACAAUGUAGUGUAAUACAAUACGACAUGACGUGAUAUACAAUAUAAAUCAUGAUACAAUAAAAUGUGAUGCGAUUUGAUGAUACACAAUAUGAUGCAGUGUGAUACAAUACAAUACCAUAAAACAGGAAAUGAUGCAAAACAGUAUAAAAAAAAUAGGACAUGAGAAAAUAUGAUGCAAAAUGAAUCAUUGCAAUAGGAUUCAAUUCGAGAGGGUAAAGUGAUAUGAUGCAGUGUGUUGAAUUGAUUUGAUACACUUCACGAUACGAUAAAACACAACGCAUUAUGGCACGAUACAAUAUAACACGAUACGAUGUAGUACGAUACAAUACAACAAGUAACAGCAGGAUACAAAAUAAUACAGUACGAUAAUAUGAUACAAUAUAAGGCGAAGCUGUAUAAUAUACUACAAUAAAAUACGAGACAACAAAUUACAGCGGGAUACAAAAUAAUAGAGUUGGAUAAUACGAUAUAAUAUAACAGGAUAUGAUACAAUACAACAAGUUACGGCAGGAUACAAAAUAAUACAGUAGGAUAGUACGAUAUGAUGUAAAAUGAUACAAUAUAAUACGAUACAAUAUGACAUGAUACGAUGUAAUAUGAUACAAUACAAAAAGUUACAGAAGAAUACAAAAAAAUACAGUACAAUAAUAUAAUAUAACAGGAUACAAUACUGUUUGAUACAACAAGUUACAGCAGGAUACAAAAUAAUACAGUAGGAUGCGAUAUGAUAAUAUGUUUCAACAAGUUACGGCAGGAUACAGAUACAAUAGGUUCAUGUGUCUUGGAUUCAUGUCCCGCAUACUUUUAACCGUCUAAACAAACAUGUGACUCAAAGUUAAACAGCUCUUUCACACCAUUUCUUUUUGUCACACUUAUCAAAUAAAACGCUCCACGACAGAUUUUCUAAGUAGCAGUUGUAAAUACUUGUACUAAUACUUUAAUCAAUUUAGUCAAAUUAGUGCAUAACUGUCAGGAAGAACACAAGCGAGAUCUUUGUUUUGCUGUUCAUGAGUUUUUAUGACAUUUUUGCCAAAAAAGUUUGCAUGUAUGUUAGACCUUUAACUAGAGCUGCCGUACAUUUAUCUUGAUUGUUCCUGGAGCUCUUGCCCAAUCAUAAAGCCAAUGUGAUAAAAACAAAAAAAACACUGAGUGCUGUGUGAACAAGAAUUGAUCGCUUUGGGGCAAAACUAGAUAAACACACACACUUAAUCUUAGUCUUGAGGAGCUACACUCCCUCCCUGAUAUCUAACCUUAAUAUUAAAUGCGGCUCUUGCCUGAACUGAAUCUUAAUCAAAAUUUGAUCCUGAUAAAAAAAUCAAACAGCUCUUUAAAGUCCAAUUGAAAUGCAGCAUGACUUAUUUUACUUUGCUGGCCGUGCUUUCAGUUUGAGACAAGCCCCUCCAUUGCAUUUUAACACGCAGCCUUACUUUUAAAAUGUCAUCAUAGUCGCAUCUUUUCCAAACCAGUUAGCUUUAAAAACGAAGGCAGCUUUAGCCAAUCAGUGAACAGUGUUCUCCGUUUCUCUCUGAGCACCACAAACCCAGAUAAGAACAAAACCACCAAUGUACGUCCACAGCAGUAGCGAUAGCAUCUGAAGAUGUGCUGACACACGAACUCUUGCCCAAAUGUGUCACGUAAACCAAACCUCUGACACAAAACGCUGGCACACAGGCCUCAGGUGCCCCACCACGCGCCCGCAGAAACUCCCUCAGCCUCAAUAUUCAUGACGAGCUGCAGCCUGCUGCCUUGGACACAGAAGUUUGAAGGCUGGAAGAGAGAGUGGCACAGUCAUCCCUUUGUGCUUUGUGCUUUGGCUGCAGUGUCAAAUGUGACUCUGCAUUUACUUCACCACACUGCGUUUAAGCCUGAAGUCAAGGGGAGUAAGUACCUGGUCACAGGUACUGGCAAGCCACCGCGCCGCUCUGCCAGCUGAAGUGGUAUUAGCGGCCGCCGGCGAAUGUGGUGUCUCCUCUUUUUGACGUGGCAGCGUUAGAGCAGGGAAGCCAACGCGGGAGAGAGAGUUGGGUCACUUUGUACGUCUCCCUCUCUCUCUCUCUCUCUCACUCGCAGUCACAGUCACACACACACACUCCCUCCCUCCCUCAGCCCACAUCCCAUUCCCAUUGUGUGUUUAAUCCGGGGCUCUUUUGUGGCAGGAUUCCACACGAGGACUCCCGCUUCUGUGGCAGCCUUUUUCUCCCAGGGCCUGCCAUGCUCUUCUGUCACCCCUUCUCUUUUCAAUUUGCAUGGAAAUGCCUCCGUGUGCCUGUGUGUUUGUGUGUUGUGAGCAUGCCCCCCAGCAGUCUGUGCGAACAAGCAUAUGCGCACACACACACUCACACACUCACACACAUUCACAUCCAUAUAUAAGUGAAUAGACACGCCAUACCAUCAGAGCCAGGGAAUGCCAGGGAUUAUAGGAAGAGAUGUGAUUAUUACUAAGAUUUUUUUGUUUUGUUUUUCCCCCCACAUCAUUUGUUUUCGAUAAACGCUCAAUAGACCCGUCUUGGCCGGGUGUUUUGUGCUCGCUGACAGUUAAGAAACAGGCGGCUCAAACGCACGAUUAUUGUGUGUAUUUUUGGAAAACAUCCAUGCACUUAAUCUUUCAUCUGCUGAAAAAUUCAGCUUGUUGAAGACCCUCACCCCCUCCUUUUCCCCAUAACAGCAAUUUACUCUUUUCACAAUGUCGUUCUGCAGGAUGUGUGUGGAGGCCGCAGCACACUUCUGAGGUGUUAAUGUUGCCAUCCGUAUGAAUUCUUAAACGCUGCCCCCUCACUCUCUCGCUUGGCGCCGUGCACGCAGAAAGCCUCAGCAUAUGUAAUAUUCCUUAAAGAGAGGCGGAAACCUGCAACAUUCAGCCGCUCUGAAUGCUCGUUCACUGCUCUGUGGGUAGCACUUUGAAUAGUAAAUCAUUGUUUUAGCCUCUAAGCAGAUAAUUUAAACCUGCCUUAAAAUAUUCUCUAGCAACCAUUAUGGACUUAAAGAUUCCCAAAGCAGAAGAUGCCACAAAGUGCUAUUAAAUGACAGCUCAUAGAGUGAUUUUUUUCUAUUGCACGGUCUUUUUAGUACAACUUUACAAGGGCGUUCCUCAGGUUACAAAAUAUAUCCUCGGAUUUACUCCCUCUGUCACUGUUCACUGCUCCCUACAUUUAUCUUCAGACCUUCCUCACCUAAAAUUGCCAUAAUAGCUAGCUUGUGUUCCUUAUUUCAGAAUUAAGGAUGUAAAGAGAGAAUCAGAUUUCUUCACAUUGCUGCUGCUGCUGCUUCUGUGGACACACACACACACACACACGCAUACUGUACCUACGCACACAAACGCACGCACACUCACACACGCUCCACUGUCUCUCAGGGAUUUAUUUUUCACAUGAUGAGGCCGCAGACGUUCUGAACUUAAUUUUGAAGGCAUGGGUUGUGGAAGACACAGGUCAAACACAAUGAGGCUCUUUUAUCUGCGUUUCCAUCUUUUUCUUUUUUUAACCAGUCGUUGGCAGAUCAGCUGUUUCAUAUCCAAUCAGGGAGGAAGAGGCCUGUAAGGGGGAAAAAACACUGAACCUCUGUAUCUGUCUAUUAGUGGUUUGGAUGGGGCUGCAGUAUUUUCCUCCCCUCACAUAUGUCACCAGCAUAAAGGGGAACGUUAGCUGACAGCUGGAGGCUGAAGUUUGAUCUGAAGCAGAGAGGUUCUGUUUCGUUUCCCCUGAUAAAAGAUUGAAGCUCUGAUGACAUUAAACUGAUGAUUAUGGUUUGAGAUUUAGGUUCAGCUUUGCAGAUUCUCCUCUCUUCUGGAUUUAAACUGACGUUCUGACCUCCUCCUGUCUCUGCUUUGUCUUCUUGCAGCAGAGAUGGAUGGCCUGUCCGACCUCUCUCCACCCGGCUCCAACCACAACCACAACCACAACCACCUGGGCUUCUCCCAGCAGCAGCAGCCCAUCCCCGGCAGCACAGCAGAGCAGACCCCUUCCUCGCCCGUGCCCCCGCUGUCUCACGCGCCUCCGCCACACGGAGGCCAGACCGGCGGCCGGCAGCCCCAGCUCCCCGGCCUACACCACCCGGGCCUGGUGUCCACGCCCAUCAGUCCCCAGCUGGUCAACCAGCAGCUCGUGAUGGCACAGAUCCUAAACCAGCAGUACGCGGUGAACCGGCUGCUGGCGCAGCAGUCCCUGUCGCAGCAGUACCUCAACCACCCGCCUGUCAGCCGCAACUCCCACAACAAGCCCAUGGAGCCGCAGGUGGCGUCCAACACAGAGGUGUCAUCGGAGAUCUACCAGUGGGUGAGGGACGAGCUGAAGAGAGCCGGAAUCUCACAGGCGGUCUUUGCUCGCGUGGCCUUCAACAGAACCCAGGUGAGAGGGGAGACGGACGGGUCAGAGUACCAGGUCCAGUUCUAUAAGGUGUUUUUACCUUAUCAGGUUUUAACCGACUACUUUAGAAUUUAAUAGUUCUGCAGGAAAUACGUGUUAACCUCCGUGAAUGACGUGAAGUUAAACUUUCUGAUCAUAUUUGAUAAAUGCAGAAAUAAGUUAAUUUUGCUCAUUGGACAACCCUCUCAGCAUCACAACAUCUUUAUCCCGUUUAUUUGUGGUUCUGUUAGACCUUCCCCAAAACACGAUACUCUUAAAGAAGAACUCAAAUUAUUAUAAUCAUUAAAUUCAGAGGAUUCAUUUUCAGCCCACCAGCAUCUAAGAUAUACCGGAGCGAAAACCUCUUCAAGACCGCUGACUGGUCGUUGAAAUUGAAAUAAUUUGGAAAGCAUCCAGGAUUUGCUUCAUCAUCCAAGGUUGAUUAAACAAUGUUUAUUUUUUUUUGUUUAGUUUGAGUUUAAUUUCAUUUUCUCUCCUCAAUUUUACUGCCCAGUCUGACUCAUAUUAACAGUGUCAUAAAACUUUUGGUGCACAAACACUAUCUCUGAAAAGAACUCACAUAAAAAAAGCACUACAAGUUCUCAGAACACUCUGUGUCUCUGAAAAUUGGCAUAUAACAGCAGCAUUAAAGUUAGCUCUGCAUAAAAACACCUAUUAAUCAAAAUGUCAUCUUAAUUUUUGAACAUCUCUAUCUGACUUUAAACGGUAAUAUCCCGAAUGAAAAGAAGUUUUUCAACAUUUCCACACAGCUCCUGUAGAGAAACAAACUCUCAGCCUGCAGUCUGAACGUGUUUCCGUCCUCCGAUCGUUCCUCAUUCAUAAUUCUCUCUCCAGUAACGCAGCACCUCUACUGUACUUCAAGACAGCUGGCAGCCUGCCAUGUGAGAGACCCGGGCUCGGUCAUCGCGUGCGUUCUCUCUCCCUGCCAAAAUAUGUGGUUUCACUUCAUAGUCAGAGGCCUCACACUCACACUCACACACACAGAUAUAUACGCACACACACAAAUGCGCUGCUGUCACACACAAACAGAAGGCAGUGGAAAUGUUUUAAGAUGAAGCGUCUGUAUUAAAGAGGAGUGGAGGGAGGUGACAGCAAACCUCAUUACGAAUCCAUUUGCUUUGAAGUCUCUGUGUGUGAAAGAGGAAAAAGGACUGAAACUGAUAGAGAUCUAUUAGAAUCAGAACAUACAACAACCCCCCUCCUCUGGAAAAUAGAUGUGUGUGUAUGUGAGUGAGUGUGUUUCUGUGCAGAUUGGUGAACUCCCACACAAACACAGUCUUAUCUGAAGCUGAUAUGAGGAAUUAGCUCAAUGUGCCGUUGGAGAGUUUGCCUUUGGAGGAUUAUUUAUUAGGCGCGUGCUUCUUCCUCGAGUCUGUGUUAAUAAAAAGAGAGCAGGGGGGAGAAAGGAGGUGUUGAGAAGUGACAUGAGGGGCUUUUGUCGGCGCAGGAAGCUUGUUUUGUCCUCUUUGAGAGGAAACUGAUUGACCUGAGAGAUAGACAAAAAGGUCCGAUGGCAGAGAAUGAUGCAUUCACUGAAGAAUGCAGACACCGACAGACAGACAGUGAAAACAGAAAUGCCACUAAUCUAUCCCCUGAAUACUUGUGUGUGUAUUAAGCACGCCGUCCCCUUCUCCAUAAAAACCUCACUCUGACUCAGAUUUCACUUGUUCACACUUGCCUGGGAGCCACAAUCAUACCUUUUUCAACAGAACACAUAUGUCUGUGUACAUUUUAAUGGCCAAGCAGUCAACGCUGAGAACAUAUCUGCAGCCCUGCUCGCCGCUCAAAGCACCAUGCUCUGAAAAAAACAGAAAUAAAUAAAAGUAAUAGCACAAGCAUGUUUUCCCCAUCACCUACUUUUAUUACCAAAUCACACCUAUUGAUGGGGAGAGAAGCGAAGAGAUGGUUCGCUCAGUGUGUGGCCAAGAGCUGAUGAAAAGGCCCAAUCACACGUCUCUGAUAAUGGAGUCAUCGCCGUUUCAUAAUGAUGGAAUUGAGCGCCAUUGAAAGUAAACAGAGGAUACGCUGAUUGCCCGCUGUAGAAGAUUUCAUAUUUGAGGCGAGUGGCUGCGGCUCUUUUCCAGAACAACACAAGGCUGGGAGAAAAUGUCCAAAACCUGCAGAUUUAUACGACUGAUCCAAAGUUUUAGACGAGUCCGUGGUCGUUGUUUUUGACCCGUUUCCUCUCCUUUACCCUUCCCUCUUUGGCUUCUCCCUCCCCUCACCUGUUAACGCAGGGCCUGCUGUCCGAGAUUCUGCGCAAAGAGGAAGAUCCUAAAACAGCGUCCCAGUCGCUGCUGGUCAAUUUGCGCGCCAUGCAGAACUUCCUGCAGCUCCCAGAGGCCGAACGCGAUCGCAUCUAUCAGGAGGAGAGGGAGCGGAGCCUGACGGCGGCUUCAGCGAUGGGCGCCGCUCCUCUCAUCAGCACUCCACCCAGCCGACCUGUACAGGUACCUGAGACUGAAUUCCUCUGAUCACGCUAAUUCUGUGUUUGUGUUUGUGUUUGCUACCCAGAUAUUUUGUAACUUGACUGGUUAACAGGAGCUUUGAAAACAUUCAGAAACAGAGCAGAUUGUCAAUCUCAGGGAAUGGAGGUCGCAAGAUCAUUUGUAGGGGUCAUCAGAUGUUUGAGACAAAUAAAACUAAAAUUUAAAGAUUUCAAAAACAAUAAAGAUUUAAAGUUAAAUAACUUAAAUUUGACUGGAUAAUAGUUUUGACACCACUUGGCCUGUUGCACCAAUGAAGCUUGUUUUAGUGCUUUUCUUAGGUGGCAGCAUGUUAGCUGUGUGACUGCUGCAGGUGAUAACUCCGGCUUACACUGUGAUGGCAUUCAUGCAUAGACUGAGGGGGCGGGGUCACAAACAUGUAUGACAUUGCUCUCUGAAGUCCUAGCCCAAAAAUGUAAGACUCACUGUUCUAGAUACAUGUAUUUUAUGAAUUGCAAUAAUGCACAAUCAGUUUCUGCAAAACUACAUACCAUGACUUAUCACAUGAGCAGUUUGUCAGAAACCUUACCUGUGCAGCAGCGAAUCUUUCCCUCUGCUCCUCUCUCAGAGUGUUAAUGAGACAAAUUUACCUUUUAGAGCUGCGACAGAUAGAACUGCGCCAAAAAAAUACAAGAUUCUGUCUCAGAAUUGGUAAAAGUGCAGUCACAGCUGAAAAAGCAUGCAACACAAGAACAAUGCUGUAAUUAUUCAGUCAUCAUGAACUUCGUGAGUCAACAGAUCUGGUUGUUCGAACUAUUUUUGUCCCAUUUAAAGGAGCUAGUCUGUGGAUUUGUUUACAGCUGAGAUCAGGUAUCCAGGCGUGGGAGCAGGUUGAGGUGUUUCUCAGACGCUGGAACUUUUGUUUGUCUGUGUCUGUGGUGGUGUGAUGGCCUGAAUCCAAACACAUGUGUAACAAACCCAUAAGUGCUCCACUCUCACCUAAACCCAACCCCACUCUGCUGUCCUACACUUCAUUCUUCUUCCUGACAGCUUGUGAACAUUUUGUUUCGUGGGUUCGUCGCUCCACAGCUUUAGCACGUACAAACCAAACGUAAUGCAUCGACUAGUACAUUGUGUUUACAUGUGACAACAGCGAGCAUGCACACAUGCACGCACCACCCUGGCACAUUGUUAAGAUUCACACCUCACAUUCCCCUCCGCUGACUCAGGCUACAACCUGUCGGGAAACAUGAGGAACAAUAAAGGCCCAUUUGUCCGGACAGCACGCUCGAUCGAAAUAGUUUACAUUCUCCGUGCAUGUAAAUCAGCUCCACAUCACCCCCGCCCUCAGCACACAGGUGAAAGUAGAGCACACAGAUGACAGAUCAUUUUUUGUGCUAAUUUUGACCUUUCACUGCGUGUUCAGAAGCAUUAAAAGCCCUCUCUCUUUUUUUUCAAAUAAAGCUCAGAGAAACAUCAGACAUCUUUUAGACCGUCCCCUUUCAAAAUCUUUUUUGCACCAAAGCACAACUUUCCACCCUCACAGCAAAUCACUGUCUCUCAUCUGAAAGGUAUGUGGCAACUUUCUACCACUUAAGCCCAUUUGAAGUGCGGUCAGCUGCAUCUGGGAGGUGAGAGGUGGUGGACAAAGCCCCCUCUGUCCUGUCUUCUGUGGCGACGCGGCUUUUAAGUAGGUGAUGAGCAAAGACAGAAAGAACAGGCCCACCCAUCUCCAAAAGAAAGCCUGCCACUGGGAUUACUCAGCAGGAUGGCAGUCACUGUCUCUCAAAAAAAAAAACUGAAAAGAAAGAGUGGUUUUCUGAGGCAGCGGUGCUGGACAGAGGCAGGGCCACUUUGCAGUUGACAGCUCGUCUUUACAAUGAAAGGCUGGGACAGUAGAGGACAGAGGUAAAGAGAGGACUUCAGCACAAGAAUCAAAACUGAACUAAAAUGUGUUUGGCUCCAAACUUCCUGUUAUUCUAAAUGAAAAUCCCAGAAGCAGAGAUAGAGAAUCAUAAGUCUAAGUUUUAAAAAUGUCUGUAAUUACAUCAGGUGAAUUACAGAUCACUGAUGUACUUACAGAACUAAUGUGUAGAGGGCUGUUUAGAGUAUCAGAGACCGGCUUACAGAGCUGUGCAGAUUGAUAACAGAGCAGGUAUACAUUUGCAAGCUGAACAGUAAACACAAUGACUUCCACACUGCAUACAAGCUGUAAAGAUUUCAAAUAUGAGCAGAAACGGAGAGGCUCUCAUUUGUAGUUUUUAUUUGCAUAUCACUCAGAACACUGUUGGUACAUCAGGAGAAUAUAUAGCUUCCUAAUACACUUCACCUGUAUGACUUAAACACAUUGACAUUUAUCAUAUAGACCUGUUCUUACACAAGGCAAUUCACUCACCCACAAACACACUCAUACACCUGGCCAUCUGCCAGCCUCUCCUAUGGAGCAAUGCGGUGUGAAUUUAAGCACAUAAAUCAGCCAGGGUGGCAAUUGAGCCCGAGACAGAGGAGGCUUUUUAUUGGCCUCGUAAAAACAGAUGCAGAGGUAUGUUUCUCACACGUGUGUCUGAUGGGUCGGCUCAACUCCCCUGAAGCCAGUUAGUGCACGUCCCGGCCUUAACAAUUAGCCCGACAUGGUAACCUACCGCUCAGACUGACAAGCCCAUGUUAAAAAAAAAAAGAGAAAGAAAACAGGAUGAAAGGCGCCGAAGCACUCCGACAUUCCAGUUUCACCACAAGUUUGAAGAUGAUGAGAUUGUUUUUGACACAUAAAAGAGCUCAUAUUAAGUGUCUAGACCAAUACAUGGAUCUAUAUAUUUCUUUAAGCACAGGUUGUAUCUCCAGUUAGUGUCUGUUGGGGUUAUUAUGGUUUAUUUGAAAGCUGUGUACUUGUACUCAUACCCAACCCUCUCCUUUGAAAGGGCUUGUAUGGAUGAUUCAUAUGCUAAUGGUCCUUUGGUUAUGCUUUUAUUAGGAUACUUGUUACUUUGUCAAAAGAUUUUUGUCAAGAUGCAACAAGCCGCUGAAUGAAGAUGAUUUGAUUUCACUCGACUUGCAUUUAUUUUUUAAUCACCAGCUUGACAUAAGAAUAAUAACGUUUCAUACAACACAUCUAAGUGUUUUUGAGCAGAGCAACAUGAGAGAGAUGGGCGACUGCCUGAGUGUUUUGCCAGAUUACUUUUUUCUUUUUUUCCUGUUCUGACUGUGCGCCUGAACAAGUGUGGUUGUGUUGUGUUCCCGACUCUGCAGCCUCGGAGGGAAGACUGCAACAGUGUGAGGCCCGAGGACUGGAAUCCCCGGAUCCCCGUGGGCAUUUCCCCUGUGAGCAAACAAGUGCACCCUCACCUGCACACAUUCGCAUAGACAGUACACACACUGGAGCUCAGCAUCCCCCAGCAUUACAAACUGAGAACUCGAAUGUGCUUGUAGAAAGAAAAAAAGACAUUUUAUUUCAACCCUCAGGCUUGAAUUUUUGCAGUUUUUUGUUAAAAAAUUUGUCAAAUAAGCACAUCAACUAUUAAAAUCACACUUUUUUUUACCUGAAUCGAAAGCUUCAAAUUUUAAUUUCAUCCGAUUUUACCAGUAUAUAAAAAGCGGAAGCACAAAGAGCCUUUGUGUUCAUGUUUUAGCCAGUCAUAGACCAACUAAAGCAGCUGUAAACCAUGACUCUCAUAUUAAAUGUCCUGAAGAGUACAACGACCCAGUGUGUGCUUACAAGCAGAGCCCCUCAGAUCAAAGAAAAGGGACAAAAUUGUGCAGGAUUUUAAAAUUUUCUUCAUCUUCUUUUAAGGUGAAACCAUCGCCUCUUCCCAGCGAGUGGAACGGCAAGACGGAGAGCUGCAUCCUCAACAUCAACUCCACCAUCUACGACGAGAUCCAGCAGGAGAUGAAGAGGGCCAAAGUUUCCCAGGCCCUGUUCGCAAAGGUGGCCGCCUCCAAGAGCCAGGUACGCAAACACACACGGACCGGCAGCCUGGAUGAAAAUCAAAGAGGCGGAAAAAUGCUAAUCUUUUUUUCAGUAUCCAAAAUUUGGAGUGGGAAAAACAUUUUGUCAAAGACGGAUUUCACUAUCUUGAUCUUCAACCUUUGAAGACGCAGCCAUCUGGGAAUAGAAAUACAUUUUAUUCAUAAGAAACUCUACAUUUUGUAACACGUCUCAAAGUGUGACAGAAAAGAACAGGACUGUAAAAUGAACUGAGAGCCAAGCGAAUUUAAAAACAGGCUCUUGUAAUGUGUUUAUGUAAAUGUGGGAAAUCAUUUUGCUGUUAUUUUUUUUUACUAAAGUUGCUCUUAACAUGCAAAUAUACCUGCUCUGAGUUUCCAAACAUAAACACACCGAUGGAAGAGAGGGGAAAGUUGUCGAGGACAGUCCAGAUAAUCGGUCUUUGGCCUGGGGAGCGAACUCCUUCAAUGAGGCCGUGCAGACGCCGUUUAAAAGACGAGACAAGUAUUCAACAUGCACAUGACAUCAUAUCUUAAAGACAAAGGUGUAGGAAUCUACCCACCCCUUCUCAAAACUUGCCUCAGAGCAUCACUGACAUAAUUUAUGGCCAUAAUGACACGUCCUCUUUAUUGUGGGUUUGGAGUUUAGCAGUCGACACUGUUUCGACACCAAACAAACCUGUUUAUAUUAGCUCUGCUGGGUAAGACGAUGGGGCCCCUGUUAUCUUCUCCCAGAGAGCAGGACGCUCACACAAUACAAGGCUGUGUGUGGUGGAAACAGCUCCACUUUAACUCUUUAUUAAAAGUAAUUUAAAAAUGGAGCGCUAAGGAGUUAUUAUUAAAGGUUUUCAUGCGUCUGUCGGAGGCAGAGUUGGAGAGAUUUCCACAAUUGUGCUUGAUGAAGAAGAUGGGGGGAGAAUAGAUCACCAAGGGCGGAAUAAUCUAGAAAUAUCUGCAAAGGCUUUAUUUUUUUCUUGCUGAUUAGGAUGAUUAUACCCCCAGAUAGCUUUGUUUUACCAAAUUGCAGUUUGAUGCACAAACCACUGUUUUUGUUAAGGAGUUCAAAGACUCCUUGGAAGGAUGGAGAAAGAGAAAGGGGGGAGAGCACGUCUUUUUCUUCCCAAAUGAAGGUUUGUCUGGGAACAGGGUUUCCACCGUUGCCUUUUCCACCUCACUCCCAUCUCUCUGUCUUGCCCCCUCUACCUCUUCCACUUCUCCCCGUUUUCUGCCUCUCUUUCACGUUCCAUUCAUGGCAGGCGGGUGUGAAUGUGAAUUGAGCAGCAGAUAAGAAGUGUGCUAAUUAUGCCUGUGAAAGGGGGCCUGGGAGAGCACUUAUCUCUGGCUCCAUCUCGUAAUGGGCGCUCCCCGGGCAGCUGGUCUCCCCCCUUGCUACCCAGCCGGCAUCACCACAGCUACCAGCACCGCCAGGCCGGGCCCGCUCCUCCUCAUCAGAACCUCAAAAAACAGACACCGGUCCCAGUUUUCAGCUGCUGUUUCCACACGGGUCUUUUUACCGCUUUAAGCGUUUAUUCGACUCCUUUUUGGGAGCGGACAAGUUUGUAAUUUUACCCCAAAUUUUAGACCAGAGUAAACAAUAUUACAAGCAAGUUUUUGAGUUUCCUUCCAGAGUUCACAUCAGUCUGACAAGUUAAGUUUAAAUCUGAAUUUUUCUGUCAAAAUCUUAUUUGUCACACUGCUGAAGUAGAAUUUUAACAAUUUCCAGUAAAAUAAUACAUUUUUGGAUCUAAGGAAAUCUGUUUGUUAUUUUGACAUUGAAUCAAUCAUUUGAGUCUCUUUGUUAUAAUAAUACAGAAUAUUUACCAGAUUGAGAUUAUAAGGUGGACAUAUCUCAGGAGCGUUUUCACUAUUUUUCAUUUGCUGUUUUAAUUCAUCAGAUAAAUGUAAAUCAUGAUCAAGUCCUUUUACCUGUUUUCACUUAAAGUCUGAAAUCACGAGAAAAAUCUUCCUGAUCAUUUAUUUAAAAAAAGUAAAAGUGAGAUUUCAUUUAUUCUCAGCUUUAUGACAUGUAAAGUAAAAAUAUUUAGUUUGAAUUUGAUUAUAUAGCUCAUAUAAAGCUUAUUAAAUUAGAAAUCCAUGGCCUCAAAAAAUAUUUUAAAAUUAUUUUAAAAUACAGAAAUGUCCAUUUUCUAAAAAAGUACUUUCACUUUGAUAUUCAGUUUUUCAUUGAGACUCUUUCAGACAUCACUCUUUCCAGUGUGAAUGUCUCACCUGUUCAUCUGACACUAAAUAAAAUUACAAAGCUUUAUUUUGAAAUGAUCGGAUAGAUGUAGUGAUAUUAAAGACUCACUGAAGCUGUGGUGAGGUUGGGUAUCUCAGUAUUUAAGGUAUCUUCUGUGGAUCUCCGCUGAAUUAAACAGACAGUUGAGAAUAUUUUAAGAAUGAUGAAUUUCUGCCCAGAUUAGCCUCUAAUUUCUGCUCGUUCCUCACGGAUCCCACAGCUGGAAAUGAAGAAAUAUUUGCUCCACAUGAGCAGUCAUUUUAUGUUGAAGGACGUUUUCUCAUACAUUGUACAUCACAGUUAAUUGUUAAAGAUCUACGGUGCGAAUCAGUCAGCCAGGAAGAACAGCUCGAUGUAUAUUUAAACACGGCGUUGUAAACGACAGCUGAAAGCCGGAGAGGUUUGCAGCCUUACAGGGAGAAAAUAACCACUAUCUAAGCCUCGGGUAGAGCUCCAUGCCAGCAGAGACUGCUGGUACGGAGGUUGGUGGAGGAGCAGUGUGGAUGUGGAUGGUGAUGAGGAUGGAGGAUGGGCAGGACUGGCAGGAUGCCCAUCUGGGGUCCAGGGAAAUAAUCGUGGGGGGAGGGUGGAGGAGAGGCCUCAUCACCAGAGGCUGGCACAGUCCUAUCGGCUCGGUGUGCUGUUCAACUUCUGCCUCUUUAGCUCUGGUUAGGAUUUCCCAGCAUGCUUACGCAAGCACAGGGUCACAUAAGCAGUGGGUAUAGAUGUGUACAGUGUGGCGUGUCUUAUAGGUUUAGCUUUGUGCUCAGUGUGUUUGCCUCGUUCACAGAGAGAUGAAGUUAGGAGGGAAAGGCGGUUAGCCGUGGAGACUUGAGGGGAGAAAAGAAGAGAUGUGAAGUUAAAGGAGGUCAAAGCAGUGUUUGUCCUCUGGGUGAGGAAGCAGUAAACUGGAGUUUAGUGAUUGGUGCAUGCUCCGCUGAGUGUGUAUUUACUGUAUAUAGAUGUGUGUUUCGCUGCUUCUCCCUGCAUCAAUAUGGGUUUCUGCACGGGCACAUUCGAGUGUGUGUGUGUGUUUGUGUGUUUGGGGGUUUCUGGAUCGCAGCCAUCCUGUCCUCUCUUAGGGCUCGUAACCACAGCAGGCCUCUGCCACCCCUUAACUCCCCCCCAACCCCCACCCCCCACCUCACAUAUUCAAUGUUGCAUUUCAAUCACUCUUUUACUGCCACAUAUUCAGAGUAGUAACUAUAGAGCAGUGAAUCUAACCCCGUCAGUGUUACUCUAUCAGAUUAAAGGUCUCUGUUCACAUUCACUCUGAACAUUUGUAUUAUUUAAACGAUCAUGAAAAGGACAGUCCUCUCUUCAUACAAUCAGAGGCUUUAUUUACAAUCCUCGCCUUAAUAACCCAAACCGAUCACUCUCCAUGAAUGCUCCAUCUAUGUUUAGCUCCAGGAGAUGUCAGACUCGGAGAAAACAUCUGCGCACUGCUGGUUCAAAUCCAGGAGCGGCACUGCCAGAGGCGGCGAUUUCCAUCGAACAGCCCGUUUUAUUUUAGCCUGCAGAGGUGGGAGCUAUGAUAUGGAUAGCCUCGAGUUGAUGUCAACAUUAUUAACCGGCUCAGUACGGCUCGAGCGCUCUCUAGCAAUCGACUGUGCUUUGUUUUCAUUCACGCUAACAGGGGAGGCUUGCUGUGUUGGCUAGCCUGGCAGAGAGGGUGGCUCAUGUUCAGCUGAGCGAUGGGAGGUUAGCCGAGGGGUGGGGUAGGAGAGGGUUGGGGGCAUUCCUUUGACACGACUUUUAUGUCCGAACAUCCCCGACACUUCCUGAGAGGAAUUGCGCGACGGGUAGAAUCAGAGUCCCUGCUGUCAUAAAACAAGCACCCCGGGAGCCGUGCGCACCGCAGGGCUCAAAGCCCUCCGACUCCUCAAUGACCAGAAGAGUACAGAACUCCAACACCGCCACCAACACCGCCCUCUCUCUCCAUCUCUCCAUCUCUCUCUCCCUCUCUCUCACUCGCUCAUUCUCCCCUGGAAGAGGCUACGCUAAUUAGCCAGGCUCUAAUGAGACAGAAUGGCACUGAUCUGGUCCGCCGCUGCGCCACCGGGGGGGCCGGGCAGAGGGGGGGCUGGUGCAGUAGGGGGGAGAGGAGAGAGCGAGAGGGGGGAGGUUGGUGUAUGCCAUCUGUCACCCUGCACCCGCCUGGCACGGCAGUCCCUGGAGUGGAGGGUGGGAGGGGGGGUGAGUGCCUUGUUGGUCUGGAGAGGUGGGGGAGUGGGUGGAGAUAGGUGGGGGGGUGGGUGGGGACACUGAUAGGAGUCGGAAGGGAGGGUGACAGAAUAAGUGGAAUAGCUGCUUCCUUCAUGUUUAGUAAAUGAGUGAUUUCCUGUCAGGGGUGGAAUCGGCUCGGCGGUCAUGCAGGUUUUAUGGAUUGGAUUCGUUUUUUAAAUUCUCACUUUAAUCCCAGAUAUUUGGCAAAUGACCAACCAGACCAGACCCACAAACACACACACACUCAGAAACACACACACACACACACACACACACACACACACACACACACACACAGCACUUGUAUCAUUCUGCUCCAUCCAAUGGCUGCUUAACAAGAGGGGCAGAUGGCUGACCUUUCGGGUGUCUGUUUCUGGAUUGUGACUGUUCAGAGGUUUGUCUGUUACUGAGAUGCCACUUGGGGUCAGCGUGUUAGAAGCCAUGUUUUGCAUGAGGAGUCAUGCUGCAAUGAUAUUAAAUAACAUCCACAGUUAGGAUGAACAUUAUCAGGUGCUAUUAUACGAUAUCAAGUCUAAGUCUGUGUUAGUCGGAGUAAAAUGUUGCUCCACUUUUUGGACUUUUCUUGACGUCUUCAUUUCAGAUUUUUUUUUUUUUCCUCCUCACAGUUCUCCUCAAAUCCCUCUCCCUCAAAUGAGACAGAUCAGAGCAAGUUUAUCACAGCCCCUUGGGAUCUUGAAAGGCCGUGACUGUUUAUUAAUUGAUUUAUUUAUUUAUCUCCAGUGCCUGCUUGGUUAUUAGGUUGCCAUGGGAAACAGGCUAGGCCAGAUCCUCUCUAUUAUUAAAGACACAAUUUCUUGAACUGGAGACCCAGCUGUCUGAAUAAUUAAUUUAGCGAAUGAAUUAUCUUGCAAACGGUAAGUCUUCCCCGCCCUCUGAAAUGAGCCUUUCUCUUAUUGUUUAAUGGACAGUGGAAUUCCCACCAGCCUGUUUCUUUUUUUUCUUCUUUCUCUCGCUCUCUACUUCCCGUUUCAUCGAACCCUCCUCCUCUAAGCAGGAGCCGGGGGUCACACUGAGCAUGCCCAGAGCACUUUGUGUCUCUCCUGCCAUCUCUCUCACUUACGCCUUACAUGCCACCUCUCACCCCAUCUGUCUCCAAUUGCACAACCCACUCCCUCCUCCUCCUCACCCGCCUCCCACCCAGCAGUCCAAAGUAGGAAUCUGCCCCGACUGUCAGGAGUCCAAAUCGUGUCUUCGUCAUCACCUCUAAUGGAUUAUUAUAAGACUAAUGUUGCCUGCUGAGGUGCAGGUGUCAGAGAUGUGCUAGCUCAGGUAACCAGCAAACAGGCCAAUAGUAAAUCAGCCUUCAUUUAGUGAAAAGUUCUCCUAACUAGUCCUUUACCCACUAACUUCACUCCUCACCUAAUCUAUCUUCUCUUGUUAGCGAACGCCGCCCUCGUCCCGGUGACAGCCCCGCUACUCUGCUAGCUCUUUCUUUGCUACAACUGUUUGCUAGCUAACCCUCUCCCACUGUCUCCACUUCUCCUGACAGACCACACAGGGCUUGUUCUGAGGCCCAUUCUCGCUAAUCUGAUCAGGCAGGCAAAUACGCCGGGAAAAGCGCUUUAAUGAUCCCCCUAAUUACCUCAAGUCAAUACCAACUGUAUUAUUAGACUCGGGGAAAAUAUUCCAUUAGGGUGCCCCCCGUGGGAGUCCCCCCUGUGCGCGCUGAUGUCACGCGCCGCGCGCCCCCUACGCUUGUAAUUAAUUUUAUUUACACACUCAGGAAUGCACAAGGUCGCACCUGCAGCCCGGAGCCGCCCGACUCGGCCCGCCUAAUCAGAUCUGUCAUAAUUAUCAUUCUGCAUGCUUCUGACACACGCCGGGAAAUAUUUCAAUUUAACUACAGCCACUAGCUCCGGCAGAUGCAGUCUGAGAGAGGGAGAGAGAGAGAGAGAGUGUGUGUCUGUGUGCGCACAGGAGUGUGUGUGGUACUGAGUGAGGGGGAAUUGCAUGGGGAGAUAUUAGGACUAUCCAAGUGCUCAUGCUGGUGCUUGUGUGCAUUAUUUCUCACCCUCCAUCUUUCACACUCUCCUCUCUGUCCUUAUCCCUCUUCCUAAAGGGGACUGACUCUCCAUCCUCAUCACUCUGUCCUCACUUUAGUCUUCAGACAUGCUGCAGAGAUGGGACCUUAAAGAGGACAUAUACAAGUUCCUUUUUAAGGACUUUUCCUGUCGACUCUCCUGCCACAUCUUUAAAUAUUCCAUUUAAAAGUCUGUAAAUAAUUCCCAAGUUUAGAACCAGCCGCACAUGAGGACUCGUUUUUGGGGAAACGUUUGUUCAGUUUUAUUACUGUCUAAAGCAAACUUGUAGACCUAUUAAGAACAGUUAUUUAACUGACACAGACAAUUUGCAGGUUCUCUGCUAUUUCAAUCUCUAAUUCAAUAAGAUCAGUCAUGAUUUAUCAGCCUAAUUACGCUUUGAUAUUAGCAAUUAAAUCCCAGCUUUGAAUUAAAUAUCAAUCAAGCUCUUAUAAUUGAUGGAAUCAGACUCUAUGUAGGUACUUUGUGUGUUUGUAAUGUUGCUGCCACUGUUGUUUAUCUCCAGUUCAUCUUCACUGUGUUUGUUGUCUUCUGUGCAUUCAUCCUCCAUCUGCCUCGGCAGUAUUGAACAGAAAAAAAAAAGAUUAUAAACAAGAGGUAAAUUUGUGGUGGGAGAACAGUGUUUGAACAUUCAGUGUGCUGUGCAGACAGAGCUAGUACCCAAAUAUCAGCCCACCACCAGGCUAAACUAGAUUAUGCUGCAAUUUAGACAAUACUAAUAUUUGAUACAAAGAGGCACAUGUACUGUAGCAACAUCAGGGGCUCGAUUUUCUGCCAUUUUGUACAAAUAAACAAUCUGAAGUGCUUUAGUGCAGAGAGAGCAGAAUUUCACCAAAAUGGGAUGUGCACUGAUAUUUCAAGUGGAAAUUCGUUUUUCCGGUGCCCAUCGAUUCAGAGAUUUAAGAUUAGAAACAUAAAAAGAUCCUUUAUUUUUUUUAUUUGAAUGUAAACAAAAAUGUGAAGAGUUAGAGUGAAAAUGUCAUCGACGAGAUAUCACAAUGAUGUUUGAUUAUUUAUUAAUUUAGUGUUGGAUUACCGGUUGGAGUAAAUAAUCCUAAACGACAGUCUGUCUGUCCAUUAUGGAAACAGUUACAGUCUGACUUUAGUGAGGCAGAGCUGCUGCUGCUGUGUGUGGGAACUCCCAGGCUCUGUUAUUGUUGGUCAGCUUUGUGAACUCGUGUGUCAUGAAGAACUUUCCUGAAAAAGAAGCAAGCGUGCAGUAAAAACCGACAUUGUAUCCACACAGAUGUUUAAUGUGCUCCAUUUGAGAUGGACUGGUCAUUUGCCUUUGGCUAUUCUUUAUGCUCCAUCUGCCUCUAUUUGGUUGUUUGAAAAUUCCCAGCGCUCUUUAUUGGUUUGGGAACCAUGACGUAAACUGUCACACACAGAAACUGGUCGGUAUUGUUUCUGGGAGCGAGUGCUGACACAGAGAGAGGGCCAUUUCCUGCAUAGUCAUGCCUUGCGUCCACAAUGUGUGUCGUGUUAGCUGUCAGUCUGUUAUUGUUGUCAGCUCGCUUAUUGUAUCUGGAGAGGUCGCGACCCCUCUUCAGAAAACGCUCCCUGUUUGGCGAAGACUUCUCCGCGUCCCGGCUCCAAUGGAUAUGAAUUGCUUGGCAUGUAUGAUUCAGACUGGCAAAUUUCUCUCCUAAAGCUCAGCCACUGACAUCCUCACAAAAGAGGAAUGGUGACACAAUCUGGCAACCCGAAUCUGGAAAGCAUCCACUUUGACAAGACAUCAGAGUCUUAUCAACCUGAUUUAAUAACGAAGAAAGAUUUCUCUUUUAGAGGCAAGUUUCAAAUGAUUUAGAUGACUCAGUUUUUAAUCUUCAAAAGCCUUCCUUAAGAGAGACGCAGCUUCACCAUCAGUACAUAUGAGAACUGGAAAUUUCAUCAUCCAUUACUGUGGUCGUAAAUCCAGGCAUCCUCAGGGCCUAUCUGUCAUUUCAAAGAGCAGUCCGUUUGAUCCAUGUGUUUGGGAGAAAGAAUACUUGUGAUUGCUCAGGACCGCCGUGUGAAUUGGAAUCAGAGAGAAAGGUUAUAAAAAAUAAAAAGUCUCUUAACAAUGAACACAACUCUUUGAACAUAUAGUAGAAAUAGGCAGUUUAUUUUUAGAAAUAUCUUACCGUACUGUGUCUGUAACUGAUCAUUUUUCAUUGUCCCAUCACUUGACAUCCUAAAUGUUCUCAUAUACCGUCUGUGAUGCUGCGAGACACUGUCAGAAAUGUGAGGUUUUUCCCUGAACAUUGGCUGUUGCACUUGUCAGGAUUUAACAUUACAUCAGGACAUGGAGAUUAAAAGAUAUUAAUGAUUUACUAAUCAUUUAAAAACCCUAUAUUUGAUUUUAAAAGAGUGCACAGAUGUUACAUAGGCACCAGUUUGAGUUUUAAUCAGCAACAUGUUUCAAAAAGUUGGAAUAAAGACAAGAAAACACUGAGAAAGUUCAGUCAUGCCAAAAACAACAACAAAAUCACCACUUUCUAAAUAAUACAGAUCCUGGUUAGUACAGUGCUCAGCAUAAAUGAGUUUCCUUAGUUUCCUUUUAAAAUCCACAUUUUCUAUGUCAGACUAUACAACAAAAUACUCCCCAAAUGUAGGUCAUUGAUUGCAAACAAGAUUUUUGAAGUUGCAUACAAAAUUUUUUUUUUUUUUUAAUUUAAAAUCAGGAAUGCAAAAAAUGAGGACACCCCAAUCAAAGUUCUGGGAUCAAAGCUAAAUUUUAGUUACUGUAUCACCCUUAUUUUCAUCUUAUCGUAAAUAAAAUGUUAUGUUAGCUCAACUUUGUCAAAACUUUGGAAAUUGUACUUUUGCUCCUCUAAAUAUUUAGUAAUAUAUUACUUCUAAUAGGGGGUGUACUGACUUAUGCGUGGCAUUGUAUCUAUACUUGGUAUCCUGACACUCAAGAGAGGCUGGAUCCACCAGAAGUGAAGGUGGAAGGAGGUUCAUCAUUCUGUGAGAGACUGCGUGAGUAAAUAUUUCAGCAGUUUCAGAAAAAUCUUCCUCAAAUGAAAUAAUCGCACAUAAUCAGAGGAUUUCUUUUUGAGGUAUGGACAUGAUCCACGGGAGCCACUGCAUUCAGAUUAGACAUGACUCUGUAGUGGAAGUCACCGUCUGCUCAGCUUGUUUUUAUGUACAUUUUCCAUCCUGUGUAAUCACAUACAAAAUUUCUGCGAUCUUAGCGGCUUUUGCAAAUUAUUAUCAUGAGAAGUUGUUUUAAUUCUUCAUUUUAAGUAAAGAGCAACUGAACUUGAUGAUUGAUGUGGAUGGAGAUGAGAGUCUCUAUGGACUACAUCAACACUUUGAAAGACGCCUCAGUAUCCGUCUUUUCAGGGACACUUGAUAAAUUAUUUUUUUGUGAUCUAGCUAAGCCAUUUCCUCUCUGCGCUGCGAGUGAAUAAAAGAGCGCAAACACGAUUACUUGCGCACACAUCAGUAAUCUUUGCCUCUCCUACAGUAAGACACAUUAGUAUGUUAAGAUCUAGCUAGCAGUCAUGUCUUUGUGUAAACCUUGCCCUCACAGUGAUCCUUCCCCUAUCACACAGUCAAUAAAGGAAUAAAAACCUGAUUACUCUUGGUAUGUAAUAAAAACACUACAUAACCAAUGUUAGUCAUGCAGAGGUGCAGUGGGGCUACGAUAAUCAGAGGGUUCAAAUCCUACCAUGAAACAUAAAUUAUUUCCUUUGCUUUAAGCAUUUAAGAUGAAACACCUCCACAGAGGAGCGUACAUUCAGAUGAACACGUGUUCCUCCAGUAAAUAUUUGAUCUGAUGAGACUAAUCACCGUCUCUUCACUUUAGUUGACUCCAGCGCUUGUUUUAUCCGUGUAACACACAGCGAAUAAAGGAAGUCAUGUCGACUGAAUGACGUCCAGUGAGCGUGUGGCGGUUAAGAAAGAAAUUAGAUAAAGACUCUAGAACAGAGACACAAGCAGGACUUUGUGGUGUCGGAGUUAAACCAUGAGGAUACAAUGUGUUUUUCACUAUAUUCUUGGCACGUCAUUACUGUGUUGUCAUUGCAGUUCAAAUAAGGCCGCUGACCCCGUUUCCAUCACUCUGUCCUCCCCACUGUAUACCACAGAUUAUUUGUACAGUCCCUCAGAGCAGUUCUGUUUGUACAUACAGACUUUCUACUCCUCCUAAAAAAGGAGAAGAAGAGUCUCGCCAUGAAUUGUUCAGUCAAUUAUUGCUUAUUGUUGCGGGAGGUUCACAUAUGCCCGAGCAUCCGGACGGUCUCAACACUCCUCUGUCGUCAGCAGAUGGGCGUCUACCACAGCUAAUGUUUUUACAACACAGCGCACGUUACCACGCGGGAGUGAGCGCGCACGUGCAGCCGCCAGUUUGGCGUGCCCGGGGAGGAGGAACACGUUAUCGGCUGCAUUUAUCUGCAUAGUGUUGUCUGCCAGAGCUGGGCCUCCGCCAGGUUCAAGGAGGAGGAAAGACAAUCACGCAUUGUCUUCCUUCACUUCUCGCUCUCUCCCUUGUUCAGACACAGAAGAGGUUUGUCUGGCUGCCUCCGAAACAGCCAGUCACAACAAUGGCCGCAAUCAUUUCUCCAUCUGAGAUUUUUUUUUUUAUUUCUUUUUCUCUCUUCCUCUCAAUUUUUUUUGAUGUGUCAUCUUGGCCUUUUGUGUCCAAAUGGUCCUAAUCCAAACGCUUCUCAGUUGACUCACAUGUUCUGUCUCUGCGGUCGAAACUGAGGCCUUGUUUUGGUUCAGACGGUAAUCCGAGGAAGGGAUGAGGAAAAAAAAUGGGAUAGCAAAUUGAUGGACAUCUGUUGGCUUAUUUUAUUAAUUUAUUUUUGCAGUGGCCGAGGUCAGCCUGAUGGGGCUGAUAACAAGCAAAUGAGAUUAGAGGGAAGGUGUUGGCCAGGCCGUGUGACAGCCUCUCUCUCUCUCUCUGUCUGUCUGUCUGUCUGUCUGUCUGUCUGCCUGUUUUUGAGUCUGUCUCAGGGCAAAGCCAGUUGUUGAUUCAUGUUCCUCUGAGCCUCCAUGUUGGGGGUGUAGUUAGGUGGUGUAGGGGUGAACAGCUGGGUGUUUUGGGCGGUGAAUACCAUGCUGUUCCCUGACAGAGCAGGCCUAUGCUCUUAUUGGCAGCUUGUGACUGCAGCACUCACACUCACAGUAUACCACACUGCAUAGCUGGAUGAAUCUCGCGCAUGAAUUCAACUAUUGUGUCGGAAGGAAAAUAUUUUUAUCACAACACCCAGUUGCUAUUUAUACCGGGGUUAUACAAUAGGCUGCUGAAGAGUUUAUUACCCUUUUAAUUUGGCACCUUAUGACCCCAGAGCCCCGUGAGCCUCUGGUCAGAUCUGCGCCUGUUGUAAAACAAGAAAAGGCUGCUGGUUCUUGAUUGCCAGCCCUGUUGUCUGAAACUAAUUAAUAAUUAAGAAAUGAUGACCUGGAGGCAGCGGAUUAUUGUGCAAUAUUGUCGCAGGUGUGUGCCAACACAGCAAGAUAAUCCUACGCCUGUCGUAUUUAUUGCUUCGAUGAACCUGUUUGCAGCAUCUGUGAGUUUAACUGAGAGAUAUCGAAUUUAGCACAAAAGAUGUGUUUUUAAAGGUAGGCUGGGAAUAAAAAAUAAAAAGGCAGUGGAUUAAAUUCAGUGGUGUAAGCUCAGGAGCUCAUCAGUGUUUGGUCUGAAUAAUCUGAAAUAUGCAGAGGAGUGAUAGAACACACUCUGAUUUUAAAACAUACAUCUGAUCUGCAGGAUCCUGAACCCAGGUGUACAUAGAGGUGUUUAUUGACCCUCAAAUGCUUUGGUUUUAUUUUUCUUCUAUUUCAUAGCUGCUCAGAUUCUUGACUUUUAGUGUUUCCCCUUACAUUACAAAUCGCUGAAUCAGAGCUGCAAGUAAAUUCAUCAUAAAUUUAUCCAAUGGUCCUUUUUUAGCAUUGUACUUAAAGUGUAUUUUCUUGAAAAUGAAAUACACAAUUGUUUAUUUAUUAUUUUUUAUGACUAACCACAAUAAUUUUAUCAGUGAAAAGUGGUUUUAAAAUGAUGGUGAGAGCUUUCUUCAUCAGAGGUGACAUUUCCAGAUUUAAAAAAGUUGCAUUCAUAAUAAGAGAAAACAGCAAUGCUCUGAUUUCAGGAGCUUGAAUCUGUAUUUUUAUAUCUGUUUUUCCUGCUAAAGGACCAAAAAGUACCAUGAAGAUAUUUUUUUUUAGUCAAAAGACAUAUCCAUAUAGACUCAGUUCUAUUUAUAAACCUUUAUUUAACCUGGUAAGUCCCAGCGAGGUGAUGCAAAUUCUAUUUUCCAAGGCAGACCUAGCCAACCAGGAAACCACGGUCCAUAAACAUGAACAUUAACCAUUAAAAUCAACAAAAACAUUGAUAAGAGUCUUCUUUCAAUUCUUUCAUUUCAGAUUUAAAAAAAUUUAAUGACACCAGAUCUGUGAGAUUUAAGUGAUUCUGCAGUAAAUUUACAGGCUGAGGGUUCAGAUCACCUGAAAGAUUUUUUUACCAAUUUACAGAUGAGCUUUCAGAGCAGGGAAAGAUGAUGUGGUAGCAGGACAAAAAUACAAGAUCACUUUAGUCCAGAACGGGUCAAAAAGUAGCAGCAACAAGUCAAUUUUAACAUGACAAGAAAAACAACUUAUUAUAUAAAGUGCAAAUGUUCCUCAACUUCUUUUCCCCCAAUGUCUGUCAAGGACAUUAAAAAGCACCGACAGGUCGACCCUUAAACAGCCGUCAAAACAACAGAUAAGAACAUAACAGACGAACAACCUUAUCAUUAAUUUAAGGUGAUUAAAGAAAGGCUGUAGCUAAAAUCUGUGUUCAGGUUCUACCUCUGAGUGAACAUGAUGUAAGUGAUGCAAAGUACAGCAAGUGUGAGUUUAAUAAAAAUAAUAAUGAUCAUAAUAAUAAUAGUCUGUCUGUGCACAUGUGACUGUUUUUCUUAUGUUACUGUAAAUGAACUUAUCGCUGCUGCUGAGUCUGUUCACUCACCUCAGAGGUCAUGUGUCAGAACCUGCAGGAAAAGCGAUGACAGGUCUUUUUAUUUUUAUACUUUUAUUGCUUUUAUAUAAUAACAUGUGUCAUAUACCUCAUACACCUUUAUUUCAUGACCAUAAUAAAUAAUUAGAGAAUACUUGUGUCUCCUCCUGAAGCGCCCUCUCGUUCAGCUCCAGUGCCGUUGUAGAGGACAUGGUGGUGAUGUGAAGUCAGACCUUUCUUGCAGAAACACGGUGUGUGAAUACUGUAUUCAGUGUUUGGCCCGUAACCAGGCCUGCACCGCGCUGCUGCUGCUGCUGCUACUGCUGCUGCACUACCUGUUCUAUUUAUUUAUAGAGAGCCCUUAAUGAUCUUCAACACAACACAGAGUACACUGCAUUGAAGAGCCCUAGAUUUUUGUUUUCUGCACCGUGCUGGAACACUUUAGCGGCAGGGGCAGCAAGUUCCAUGAUCCAAUCAAGAGCAGUUGGUGCUUGUCAGCUGCGGUGGAGAGGCUCAACAAAUUACAUUAAACAAUAAAGGGGGAAAAACAGAUUUGCAGCAGUAUGGUAAUGUUGAACGGGAAGGUUGAACGUAUUACCUCGUUGAUUAAGUAAUUCUUACUAAAGGAUAUUGAUAGAUAAGUAAGUUUUACAUCAAAUUCAUUCCAUGCUGCUUUUAAUUGCUUAUUUUUUCUUCCUUUUUAGUGAAAGUUUUUUCUCAGAAACAAGGAGUCAAAUAGCUAACUCCUCUCACUCUCUCCCUCCAUUUGUCUCCAUCUCUCUCCCCCUCUUCCUCCCUUUAUCCCCGCUGCCUCUGCCUGGCCUGUGGAAGCAAUGCAAUUAGACAAACACAAACAGAGCUCUUGAAACUGCCACGGAAAAUGCUGACUGUCCACUGGCCACAGAGCCCGGCCUGGAGCGGAGCUAACUGCUGUUUGACGUGCAUCACAUAAAAAAGGGAAGAAAAAAAAAAACCUUCGGCGAAUGUCGGGUUCCCUCUCUCCCCGAAAGCUCGAAAAGUGUUGAAACGAAGGUGGCGAAGUGAAAAAGCCACACAGGCGAACAUUCCCACUUGUGAACUAAUAAACUCUCUGUACUUUAUUUCAUCAAAUGGACUUCCUGGCAUUGAAAUGGAGUUCACGUCGUGCCUUUGUUUGAUUGGCUCUGCUACUUUGGGUUUAAUCCUGCUGGUUUGGGGAGUGUUUGAGUUGGAUUACUCCAUCGUUGGGCCGGGGUACUGUUUCUCUGGCUUUGACAAGAUGGUGUGUGGUGGUUUGUGUGCGUCUGUUGGUGCGUUUUUUGUUUCGUGGCGCAUGUGUGUGUGCGUGCGUGUAUGUGUGUGUGUGUGUUCUCCCUCACCACCGAAUCAGCUGAAACCACAGACAGCCCAACUGGAGCGCCGUCCAAAUCCCUCUGCAUGCAAAUUAAAAACGCAACAAUAAACGUGGCAAAGGAACAAGGUGGGCACGCAGGCUUUAUGGCCUCCCUCUCUCUCCCUCUCUCUCUCUCCCUCUUUAUGUCCCUCUCUCUCUCUUUUUCUCCCCCUCUCGGCUUCCUCCAAAACCCCUCCUGGGUUUGAUGUGGCUUAUGGGAGGAGUUGGAACAGGGGACAACCAAACUGCUGAGUUAUCUCUUGCAUGCAGUGUGGCGGCGUGGCUCUGCCCUCCGUGUGUGUGCAUGUGUGUGUGUCUGUGUGCAGACCAGCAGCGCGGUGUAAUCCUGUGGAAAUGAAAGGUGCUGCCGCGCACUGGCCGGGAGAUUACAGCGCCGCUCUGUCACGCUGCCAGGACAGACUACCCGGCUGAAAGAGUAGCCCUCCGUAACACACACACACUCACACUCACACACACCUCGCCGUGUUCCCUCCUCGCUGGUUUCACUCUCACGCCGUCCUUCUUUCUUCAUCCACUCUUGUCCCUUUACAACUCUCCAGAUCCAGCGCAGGCCCGGCUUCAGCCCCCUUCCUCUCUUCACUCUCUCACCCACACAGCACUACAGCCUGUUAUUUCUCUUACUCACACACACACUCUCACACGUUAACUCACACACACACACACACACACACACACACACACAGGCCUGCUGAGGUUUAGGUCAUCAUCUCUGAGCCCGGGAGGCCACGUCACUCAGCCCCUGCAGAGCCUUUCUGUCUGCGCAGUCCUCAGUUUGUCACUCAGCUCCACCAGCAAACACAAACACACGUCUGAGUCACAGUCGCAGCGAGGAGGAGCUCCUCUCUCUCUCUCUCUCUCUUUCUCUCUGUCUCUCUCUCUCUCUCUCUCUCUGCUGAGCUUAUGAGUUUUUUAUCUCGAUUCACUUUUUAUCUUUCUGUCAAAUCUUUUUAAAAAGUUCAGCUCCUAUUUUCACCUGAUAGUCCGAUCCCGACCUGAAACAGCCGGACCAAAAGUCGACAUGAAAAAAUAUUCACUUUAAUUUAAGACAUAAAUACAGACAGUGGUGUUAGUGAUCAUUUUUAUUGUUUAUCAAUACACCACUUAUACGACAGAACAGUUAAAUUAGGGAUUAUAAUCUCAAACUGCACCUCUUUAUGUCUCAACUCAGCUCUCCGUUUACAUUUGUAGCCUCCGUACAAACACACACAAACACACACACAGACAGUUGGUUUAUCUGCUUUUAGUUUAAAUGCUGCAAAAAUCUGAAAUUUGCUCCAGAUUUUUUUAACGUUUAAGUUUUGUAUUAUUUUUUCUUCUUAUAUUUCAAUCUUUCUGUAGUUUUGAUUCUUUAACUGGUAACUUUUCUGUAUUUUAUUGUUUAUUUUUGUCCUUUUCUCUCUUUAAAGUCUCUCUUUUAUCCGUUUUUCUGUCUCACUGCUUCACCUCGAAGGAUUGAAUGUGAACCAGCUCAGUUCUUUUCUGUCCAUAUCCCACUAAACACCGACAAACUUACUUUAAUCAGUCAUUUUAGGAUCAAAGUUGAUCUUGAUUUGUUUAUUUCAGUUUAUUCUUGUGUUGAUUGGGUUUAUUAACAUGUGAUUCAGCCUCAAGUCUCUUUCUCUCUUUUUUUCCUCCCAAAUUAGUCUCUAAUAGUCGUCCAUCAGCCAUAAUUAACCUUAAACAUUAGCCACUUAAAAGAGACGCUGCUCAGAUAUUUGAUUUUAGUUUUUGAUCAGCCGACCAAAUUCGUGACUCUUUGUACUUUUUUUUAUCAUAAUGUGAUUUAAAAAAAUCAGAGAUUUUAUGACAUAGAUGUAGAUGAAUAUUGAAGGUUGAUUAAACUUUUAUGACUCAAAACAGAUUUUUUCAUCUUUAUUAUGAACUUUCUUUAAACUCUUGUUUUGAUCCGACUUGAACAUUCAAAAAAACCUCCAGAAGGAUCUUUGUGGACUCACCUGUUCUCUGAGAUCUGGUCCAGUUCUGCAGCUCCUCAUGAGUCCCUGUUGGAGGUUCUGUUGACGGAGGCCAAAGUCAUUGUACGAGUGUUUUAUUGAUCAAAUAAAACUUGUGUGAUUGUAAACGUCCCGCGCUCCUCCUCUGCUCUGUCUUUCAUGGCCCUCUGCUGGAGGAGCGUCUCAAACAUGGGAGUCACUCGCUCCCUCCCAAGGGUGCUGCUCAAUAUGCCGGUCUGUGUUUUCUCGUCACGUCAAAUCAUUUCUUUGGGCCGUGUUCCAUGACCUUGGCUAAUUCACAUCUUCAUCUUCAGCGGCGACAGAAAAAAUGGGCUCAGUGCAGGUGCAGCAGCAGUGAAACAAACGACUCAGGGAGUGUGUGUGUGUGUUUGUGUUUUUAUAAGUCCUUUAAAUGUUUCUGGAGAACAGUUCCUGCUUUUAAAUGGAUUAGAUUGAAGUGAAGAUGAAACUGUGGUGCAUCCGUCUUCAUUUAUCUCACUGUGAUCCGGGUCUUUUGUGUCAUUUUGACGUUGUUACAGGGACUCUGGUUGGUGGAGCUCAGUCAGUCUGGUCGAUCAUGUGGUUUUGCUCGCUGUAACCUUGGACCUGAAGUUUGUUUUAACACCAGUACGACUCCUUAAAGACAGCCGCUCCCAGUGAAAUGUUAAUUUUUUGACCUUUGUUCUUCCUCGAGUGUUCAAACUCGCAUCUCUGACCUUCUCUCUCUCUCUAAUCCCCCCCAGGGCUGGCUCUGUGAGCUGCUGCGCUGGAAGGAGGAUCCCUCUCCAGAGAACCGGACUCUCUGGGAGAACCUCUCGAUGAUCCGCCGCUUCCUGAGCCUCUCCCAGGUCGAACGUGACGCCAUCUACGAGCAGGAGAGCAGCGCCGGGCAGCAGCACCACAACGAGAGGCCGUCUCACUUAAUGCACAUCUCCGCCGACCAGCUACAGGUGAGGAGGAGUGAGCAGUGAAGUGGGCUCCGUCCAUUAGUAUAAACAUCAGAGUUUAAAGCUUAGGGCUGGGCGAUAAACCGAAAUUUACAAGAAUAACCAACGUCUUUAUGCCCAUAUCAAUAUAUUUGGUGUCAAAAAAAUAAAGAAGUAAAGGUUGGUUUUGGAUGUGUGUAGGUAGGCUAUGGUCUCAUGUCCCUUUAAGACGUGACUCCGCCCCAUCCAGUCCGUAACAAAGAGGGAAAGACAGGUGAGGAGAUGGAGGACGGUUCAAAAGUUGGAGCGGCUGAAGUAGACGAAGUUAAUGUGGGAGGGGGUGAGCAGCUUGUGGAGUAGUUAUCGUCCAUUUAUCUUUAUCGAGGUGAACGGAUCAAUAUAUCGUGAUAUUGAUUUGAGGCCAUAUCGCCCAGCACCAAUUAAAGCUCCUGUGAGGAGUUUUAGCAGGUGACAAAACAGACUGAAAUUUAUUUAUUUUUUAUGCUAUGACCUGCCAAAUCAUUAAGACCACAAUCAUACAGAUUGGUUUAUUCUACACAGUGAGUUUAGAUGUCUAAAACCUCUGAUGAGGGGAAUCCAUGCUGUCCAAUCUCCUUUUUACAGCAAAAAGCUUCAAUAAGUCAUAAAUUUAGAUGUUAAAAUAAAUAAAGUUAAGAUUUUCUUUAAUUCAAACAUGACUCACAUAUGCACAAGACUAAAUUAAAGCAGAAAUAAGAGGUGAACCCCUUUAAUCCAUGAGGAUCACCUGCAUCGACAUAAACAGAAACUCCCUUAUUGUGUCUUUAACAGCUAACAUCGCACACACGUCAUGAUAUCAACAAAACAAAUCUUCUCUCUGACUGUAAGAGCUGAAAAGAUAAUUCGAUUAAACGAUAAAUUGAUCAAAAAUGUGCUCAGAUCUGAGUGUGGAGCUCUCUUUGUCCCAUUCGGUAAUAUCUUCAAUAUUCGGACUGUUUUAUGGGCACUUUGAUCGACGUAGGAAAUUAACCCUUUAAACUGUCGUUAGCUGGAAAUAUAACUUUACGCUUUAAUGCACAGAAACAAACUUUUUCCUUCUAAACACAAACAAAGAAAUGAAAAAAACUUGAUUUAAAGACAUUCAAACAUUAAUUUAAUCUCAGCUAAUUUUACAGGAAUUUAGAGUAAACAACACUUGGGGGGUUUUAUGAACUUUUUUUAAUUAGAUGUUGGAGCUUUUUUCCGUGGAGCUGUUUUCUGGAGAUGUCAUUAACCCAAACUUCUUUAAAAGAAUCCGUCAUAAAAAAUAUAAAAACAGUCUGGAAGACGAGUGUGCAGAAUCACAGACGUGGUUCAAAGUCCAAAUGUCUUAAUGAAGCACGAUAAUAACUCUGUUAAAAGUCUGAUCCUCAAUGAGUGAUUUGGUUACGGGGGGACAUGUCCAGUCACAAACAAAGGACGCCAUUUACUGGAUAUAAAUAAGAUAAUAGGAUUUCUCUUACAAAUAAAUUCCUGCUGCAGAUAUGGAAUGAGGGAAAUUUUCCUGAGGACUCGGAGUGCAAACAGAGCUGGCAGGAGGAGAUUGAUAAAAGGAGAUAAAAACUCUGAUUGAAUGGACAGUUUUUACGCCGCUCCGUCACAAACGCACGAUACAUUAACCAAAUCAUCUCACACUCGCCCGACCAGAAGUAUCAUAGCUUCAUAUAUUGGUACAGUAGGAGAAUCACAUCUUUGGGUGCAUUUAUGCAGCUGGCAAACAGUCCCUGCAAAGUGCUGUUUUGCAGAACUUCAUUAUGAAACACCUAUUCGACAGUGUGUGACUCAGAAAUGAAAAUAAAAGAGCACCCAUUUUGUGGGGUCAAUAGGGACCACGAGUUGCCCACUCACUCCCUCUCUAACCACACAAUGAGACAUUUUACAAGUAAUGUGUCAUGUGUUUACACUAACGGGACUCUGACGGCCGAGUGAACGCCAUCGAUAGCAUUCUCACACUGCGGCAAAUCAGCCAGACCAUCGCGGGCAGAAUUGUGCACAGGGAGCUUGUUUAUCAGCGCCUGGCAAUAGAGCCUGAUAAGCAGCAGAGGCUAUAAUAGAGAGGCCAGUUUCCCACUGUGUGUAGCGCUGAUUGUGUCUCUUCACCUCGUGUGUGUGUGUGUCUGCACUCCUGUCUACCCCCACAAUGAGAGACACAAUCUCCCACCACCAAAAAAGGAGAGAAAAAAUCAUAUCUGCAGAGCUGAUUACAUUCAAUGAGAUAUUACAUGGAAAAUUCCUUCAACCAAGAGCCUGUUCCCCACACAGCGGGACCAUUUUUCCUCACAACUCAAUUGAUUUUAAUGAAAGGCCUUAUUAAGGCGCCGAUAAGUGUUCACAUCUGAUAACAUCCUCGUCUCCUUUCUCUUCCCCGUUUAUUUCCCACUGCAGACUCAGCCGCCCCAGUCUCAACAGCAGCACCAGCCCUCCCUGUCCCUCCAGCACCCCUCCCAACCCCUCUUGUCCCAGCAGCCUUUGCAGCAGCAGCCGCCCACCAUGGGCCCCCGAUUGCCGCCCCGCCAGCCCUCCACAGCCUCUCCAGCCGAGACGGAGGACGACGGCAGCCGCGGAGGGAGCAUCAAAUCCCGCACCGGAGGAGGGAAGAUCUCCCUGGAGGCUCUCGGCAUCCUGCAGAGCUUCAUCCAGGACGUGGGUCUGUACCCCGACGAGGAGGCCAUCCACACCCUGUCGGCCCAGCUGGACCUGCCCAAGCUCACCAUCAUCAAGUUCUUCCAGAACCAGCGCUUCUACGUCAAUCACCCAGCCAAGGCGCUCAGAGAGCCCAACAACAACAACAACAACAACAGCAGCUCUGCAGCGACCACCAACACCAGCAGCAGCAGCAGCUCGGCCUUCGAGGAGGAGCUGACGGACUUCAGGGAGAGCGGCGAGCUGCUGAAGGAGCUGGACGAGAGCGUGCAGACCAACAGCACCGUCUUCUCCAUCAAGAUCGAGGAGCAGCUGAGCCAGGGCGCCGAGGCCCAGGCCGAGCUCGAACACGAGGGGAAGGAGUAG